AUGAGUGUCAAAGAUGGCGAAGGCGGAGCACCUAGCCAAGAUGGACGGGCCUACGACCUGCAGGUCUACCCACGGCUCUCAGCGGACUGCCCAUCAUGCUGCACCCUCAGGGUGCCCAAGGAGGCCACGGCCGCUUCCGUCAUCCAGGACGCAGCCUUGGCCCUGGGCCUGGACCCCCAGCGGCUCUACGUGCUUGCUGAGGUGAAGGAGUGCGGCGGGGAGGAGUGGGUGCUGGAGUCCGGGGACCUCCCAGUCCAGAGGGUCCUGUUGUGGCCACGGAAGGCCCAGGAGCAGCACCCUCAGAGUGAAGGUUUCUACUUCCUCCUCCAGGAGAGGAACCGUGACGGCACCAUCCACUACGUCCACCUCCCCGCUCUCUGGAAGGAGCAGGAGGCCCAGAAGCUGGCGGCCAGAGGCUUUCUCCCCCCACGCCAUGAUGACUUUGACGACCUGUGUAACCUCCCGGCACUCAACGAGAGCAGCAUCCUGGAUAACCUGCGCAACCGCUUCCACAAGAAAAAGAUCUACACCUACGCUGGGUCUAUCCUCAUCGCCAUCAACCCCUUCAAGUUCCUAUCCAUCUACAACCCCAAGUACGUCAAGAUGUACGAGAACCACCAGCUGGGGAAACUGGAGCCGCACAUCUUUGCCAUUGCGGACGUGGCAUACUACGCCAUGCUAAGGAAGAGGGUAAACCAGUGCAUCGUUAUCUCUGGGGAGAGCGGCUCGGGGAAGACACAGAGCACCAACUUCCUCAUCCACUGUCUGACGGCCCUCAGCCAGAAGGGCUACGCCAGCGGGGUGGAGAGGACCAUUCUAGGGGCUGGGCCUGUGCUGGAGGUAAGGCUGUUUGUAUUCGUGUGAAAUGAAGUUUGGGCACCUACCUAAGGCUGUUGCAGUCAUGACAUUUUGUCAGCCGGUUAUUGUCAUGCAAAAGUCUACCGGUCUCACGGUAAUUGACCGUUAAUUAACAUAAAAACGUUUAGCAUCUCCAGACCACCACACAUACAAGCCGCUGAUGCCUUUGGAAAAUCUACAUUUAAAAGAGUCUAAUAAGUCAAUUUAAUAUACAUCAUCACAAUAAAUCCAGUAUUUAUUUUAGGCAGGUCUAAAGAAACAUUAUGAUAUGAAGAACAGAAUAUGAGUUGGCCUAGGCCUACUGUGUGUUAUCUGGCUAUGCGCCAUGCCAUAGGCUGUAGGCUUGUUCAUUUAGCAGACAAGAAUGCUUAUAAGUCCCGUGCCAUUCUUUUAUAUUAUAUGAUUUUAUAGUAGGAAGAAUAUACUGUAGGCCUAAUUGAACUUCGCUGAAUAAAAUAGAACGGAUAUUUUUCCCAUUCCAGAGCGAGUGUGAAUAUGAAGUGGCUAUGUUGAGCAUAAAAGUGAUCAUUUGAAACAGGUCCUAUAUGCUAGAUUUAGACAUAUUUGGCAACUUUAGUUGUGAAUGAUACAAACCUUAGAAUGUCUUGGAAAUGAAAACAUACAGUAUAUGGGCUGCAUGAUGCGACUAUAGGCUAUUGAUGAUUUGAGAAAGUCGCAAAAUAUAACUUGCACUCUGUUCCUUGCCUCAGGCUGCACACGCUGUUUUCUCAUCAAGUGAUAGAUGAAAAUACUAUCAGACUAUUCUCAAUUGAAUCUUGUCUUUACUAAUAAGUCAAAUUAGUUUCGAUUUAGAAUUGCCCAUCAAAUGGUCAGGAACAGGGGCAGGCGGAAAAAGACGUUGUCCGUAUGCACUCGAAUAGCGAAUGGAGGCCACUUUCCCACUGGUUUGUUUUUCCAUCAUGCCUGGUAGGCUACUCCGGUUAUUUCACUCCAUGCAUCAACCACUGUUUGAGAAGCAUGCAGCCUCUCGCUGCUCGACAGGUGAUAUUGCGCUCAAACUCUGUAUGCCAUGGGCUCUCCAACCCUGUUCCUGCAGCUACCCAGUGCUUAAUUUGGGAAACCAAGUGAAAUCUGUUGGGGAACAAUGAUAGUAACAUGUUAUUACAUUUAAGUCAUUUAGCAGACGCUCUUAUCCAGAGCGACUUACAGUCAGUGAGUGCAUACAUUAUUUUUAUUUAUUUUCGAACCCACAACCCUGACGUUGCAAACGCCAUGCUCUACCAACUGAGCUACAUCCCUGCCGGACAUUCCCUCCCCUACCCUGAACGACGCUGGGCAAAUUGUGCGCCGCCCCAUGGGUCUCCCGGUCGCGGCCGGCUACGACAGAGCCUGAAAAAUAUUUCAUGAAACUGUUGACAGCCCCUCUCUCUGCGCGCUCGUUAAAAAAAUGAAGGAGAGAGAGAGGAGGAGAUGGAAAUGCACGGUGGUGAGAUAUUCCGUAGCUAAAGGUAAUGUCAGCCUAUUCAUUAUAAAAUAUUUAAAAUGCCCUAUUACUAGGCUAUUCAAAGUCAAAUUCACUAUAAUUGGAAGCUAACUUUGUAAGCCGCCCUGCACAAUCAAUGAACCAACAGCAUCGCCUAGGCCUAUAGGUUCUCUCCCAGACUCAUGGAUAGAAAGUUUGGAGGGUAGAACAAGGUAACCAGUCCAUCCAUAAUAAUACAGUCCAGAGUAUAUGCUUUUUUCUGCUGUGCGUAGUAUGCGGAAGGCUAUGAAUUGUAUGACGGUACAAUCAUUAUUUUAAUUCAGGGUUUUCAGGCUCAUAUAUAGGCCUAUGCAUAUGCAUAAGCUCUAAUAUGUGUAUGGGUGUUUUGAAUUAAUCAUCACCUUAGAAAGCGCUGUCCAUUUGGUUGUUAGGCUUUGAAACAACAUCCACAAUGACCAUGUUUUCCACUCAGUUUCAACCUGUUGUUGAACUCAUUUCUUUAAAUUGAUCUAUCACACUGAGGUGAGUUUUAAAAGCACGAUACUGUUUUGAUGAUGUGUUUGAUGUGAUUUUCAAUUGCAUUUGCAUUGAUGUCAGAGUGGUUAGAGGGACAAUAGGGCCCUGAGUACCAGGCCAUUAGGACCUGAUGGUCGUUAGCGAGUUGGGUACUACCAACGCAUGUCCAGAGUGCAUAAGAGGAUAUUACCGUGGUCACGUGGAAUUUUACUGCGGUCUCCGCAACAGCCGUACUCCUACCUCAUAUGAAACCUUGCCUAGCAGGCUUUGGGUUUAAUAUUUUCCUGAUAUUUUACAAAUGUUCCAUCCCGAGAAUAAAUCACUUUUCUCCCGGGUAACCCGGUAUUUCCUGCCAAAACCGGAAGUGUCAUUCAGAAGCAUUAUAAUUUGCAUAAAUAUGUCUGGAUUUGAUUAGAGCUUUGGUCAGCAUGAACAUUCAAGCCUGAUGAGCCAUAUAUUAAAUACAUUUUAUGAGCCCUACAUUAACGACAUUUAAUGAGCCCAAGCCCAAAUGAUUGUGCCAUUAUCCAAUUCAUAAUGUAUUUGAUAUAGGCUACUGCACAUUACGCAUGACAGAAAGACAUAAAAGCCCAUAGAUGUAGCUAGCUAUACCCUAUGCUCUCUUGGGUAAAUAAAUAAAACUAGCUCCACUUAGCUAAUCUUUUUGAGUGUGAACUGUAUUACUGUACUGGAUUAUACUGUAUUAUAUGGAGUGGAAUUACGCACGUUCAAAUCAUGAUUAAGCAGAAGAGAACAUGCGAUUUUGGUGCAGCACAUGCAGCCUACAAAGUUACAAGUAUUGGCUAGCGUAAGGCACUACAUAGGGUAGUGCCUACGGCCCAGUACAUCACUGGGGGCAAGCUUCCUGCCAUCCAGGACCUUUAUAUCAGGCGGUGUCAGAGGAAGGCCCUAAAUAUUGUCAAAGACUCCAGCCACCCUUGUCAUAGACUGUUCUCUCUGCUACCGCACAGCAAGCGGUACCGGAGCGCCAAGUCUAGGUCCAAAAGGCUUCUUAACAGCUUCUACCCCCAAGCCAUAAGACUCCUGAACUUCUAAUCAAAUGGCUACCCAGAAUUAGAUGCUGAAGGAUUUCACUUCUCUUCAUAAUUGAAUGGUUAUGGGUCUGAAUAACUAACUGCUAUAGCCUACCACCAUCGCGUGUUUGCUCUUCUUUAAAUCUACCUGUGAGUUCUAUUGGCUGCUGUAUUUAACAUUCAGCAAAAAAGAGAUUGCAUCCCUCUUCUAUUGGUAUAAGAAAUGCUAAAAAGAUGAUGUCUAGCAAGCUAUUCUAGUCUAGCUUUUCCUGCACGUGACUCCAAGAGCUAAGGAGCAUUUUUUAAGGAGAAGCCAGUGGAGCCCAGGUGCUUGCGUAUUGCGCAAGAGACGGAGGCUAUAAGUUAGAAGCUUGUUAUGCAUAACCCAUCAUUUAUUAGCUAAAUAUAAGGCUAAUACUGCAUUAAAAUGUUUUACCUGAAAGAGGUAGGCUAGGACAUCUAUAUAUAUAUAUAUAUAUAUAUAUAUAUAUAUAUAUAUAUAUCAAUCUAGAACAGGAUUAUCUAUUUCGGAUGAGUUGAUGGAGAGAGAGAGACUGUGAGAGAGUGCCCAUGCAUGCACUGAUUUUAAAGCAACGAUAUUCGAGUAAUAGGCUGUUUUUAAAACUCUGCAGCUGCAAUUAAAAAACAAGGUGACUCCCGAAAGCCAAAUGGAGAUGGGUAAAUGAGACGCGCAUUCGGUCUUUAUAUUACUGUAGCAUAGGCUAUGCAAAUGUAGGCCUACCUGUCACAAAAAAAAAAGUUACCAUGAUGAGUAGAUAGGUCUACAUGCAUUGUGAACUGCGCUCCAUACUGAGAUGGGCUGUCCGUCCCCACCCUGAGCAUUGAUUCAUCAUGCAGAGGCCGUAGAGAAUCCAGAUUUGGACAUUGCAUAUAAUUUAACAGUUCCAUUUCACGCUGUUCCAUGCCGUUCAUAUAAAUAAUGUAUUAUAAUUUACUGGUUUCUCACAGUUAUUUAUCCCGGGAAAAGGGAGUGGUUUUGGGCGGUAAAUCCCGGUAACUCUCGGUAACCGGGUUCCCACCAUUCAACCCUAAACAGGAUGUGUGUGGUUGCAAUGGGGCUAAGGAUGUGUUUGUGCGUCACCUUAUGCCUGUCAUGGGUGUCUGUAAACACUCAUUACCCGCUAUUAGUAUUUGACCACAGUCUCACAAAGUCAAGGUUUGCAUAGAAGCAGGGAUUUAAACCGGUGUGAAAUUUGUUUUUUGCUGAUGGCUCAUUCCCAAGGAAGAUGAUUCCUGUACAUAGGUGACUAAUGUUGUCAUGACAGAAGAUGCAUGAGUCUGCGCUGUGUCCACAUGAGUACUAUUGAAGAAGUCCAAGAACCAUGAAGACAGAGCAGCAAACCUAGUUCUUCCAGAGAAGAGGAAUGGAAGUCACUUCUGUCUUUUGAGAUGUGCCCCUAGUCAAAUGUCUUGUUAACUUGAGCCAGGAGUUGAAGAUCUCAGUUAUAGUCAUCAGUCAUGACCAGAGGGGGUGAAAGAUGAUCUCCAAGCAUGUAGAGACAGUUGUAAAAGCUGUUUUCCCCAAAAAGAAGAAAUGAGAGAGAAAAGAUGUGGAAGUAUUAGCCAAGGCCUCAGUUUAACCCUUUACAAAGCUCCUUCUCAAACAACUCAAAAUUGACUAGGUCCUGAAGAAAGGUUAACUUAAAUUAUAUGGUGUUGAUGCAAAUUACGCUUUGAGCUCAAUAACCCAUUCAACUUUGGCUUUCUGGAAGAUAACAAACAGUUAUAUCUGAAUGUUUUUACUGAAAGUGAUCCUGCAUUGUGAUAUACCCCCUUUGUUCUAUAUCAGUGUCUCAUGAGUCAUGUCAUGUGAGAAUAGAGUGAAGAUCAGGCCCUUGACCAGGAGUCAGUGUCUUAUCUUGAACAGCUGUGCAAACUGAAGGAAAGCUCAUGGAAAUACUUUCUAGACACCAGCUUUAGAAUAACUGAAAAGCUCUAGAGCUCCCAUGUGGUUCAAUGUAAUGUUCCAUCUUCUAUUUGUGGUCUGGAGCUAAACCUAAUUGUCAAUUCUAAUUAGAUCAUACACAUUAUUGCAAUAUACAGUUGAAGUCUGAAGUUUACAUACACUUAGGUUGGAGUCAUUAAAACUCGUUUUUCAACCACUCCACAAAUUUCUUGUUAACAAAGUACAGUUUUGGCAAGUCGGUUAGGACAUCUACUUUGUGCUUGAGUAAUUUUUCCAACAAUUGUUUACAGACAGAUUAUUUAACUUAAUUCACUGUAUCACAAUUCCAGUGGGUCAGAAGUUUACAUACACUAAGUUGACUGUGCCUUUAAACAUCUUGGAAAAUUCCAGUAAAUGAUGUCAUGGCUUUAGAAGCUUCUUAUAGGCUAAUUUACAUCAUUUGAGUCAAUUGGAGGUGUACCUGUGGAUGUAUUUCAAGGCCUAUCUUCAAACUUAGUGCCUCUUUGCCUGACAUCAUGGGAAAAUCAAAAGAAAUCAGCCAAGACCUCAGAAAAAGAAUUGUAGACCUCCACAAGUCUGGUUCAUCUUUUGAGAGCAAUUUCCAAACGCCUGAAGGUACCACGUUCAUCUGUACAAACAAUAGUACGCAAGUACAGUGAGGGGAAAAAGGUAUUUGAUCCCCUGCUGAUUUUGUACGUUUGCCCACUGACAAAGAAAUGAUCAGUCUAUAUAAUUUUAAUGGUAGGUUUAUUUGAACAGUGAGAGACAGAAUAACAACAAAAAAAUCCUAUAGAAAAUGUGUUGGCAGAACUGAAAAAGCGUGUGCGAGCAAGGACGCCUACAAACCUGACUCAGUUACACCAGCUCUAUCAGGAGGAAUGGGCCAAAAUUCACCCAACUUAUUGUGGGAAGCUUGUGGAAGGCUACCCGAAACGUUUGACCCAAGGAAAAAAAUGUAAAGGCAAUGCUACCAAAUACUAAUUGAGUGUAUGUAAACUUCUGACCCACUGGGAAUGUGAUGAAAUAAAUAAAAGCUGAAAUAAAUCAUUCUCUCUACUAUUAUUCUGACAUUACACAUUCUUAAAAUAAAGUGGUGAUCCUAACUGACCUAAGACAGGGAAUUUUUACUAGGAUUAAAUGUCAGGAAUUGUGAAAAACAGAGUUUAAAUGUAUUUGGCUAAGGUGUAUGUAAACUUCCAACUUCAACUGUAUUAUAUGUUGAACAAUUGCUACCAUUCAUUACACUUAAUUGGAAAAACUCAAGUUCUAGGAACGAGCCAGCCAUGGUAGUUAGAAUCAAUCAACACGUUUAGGCCUAGUACGAUACGAGUUACAACAAGGGGAUAACAAUCAGCGUACAGCAAAACUGUGUGGGAAUCAUUAGUGUUUUGGGUCUGGUGAGUUGCACUUCCUCCCUUCUCUGUGAGUAGAAGAGGCUAUAUGUCCCUGGCGCCUGUCGGCUUCUGACUGAUGACAGCCUGACUGAUUCCCUGGCUCGUGCUAACCCACAGCUGUCUUUGUUUGGACUUGAUGUUAGAGGAACAAACACACCUACACUACUGGUCAAAAGUUUUAGAACACCUACUCAUUCAAGUUUUUUUUUUCAUUUGACUUUUUCUACAUUGUAGAAUAAUAGUGAAGACAUCAAAACUAUGAAAUAACAUUUAUGGAAUCAUGUAGUAACCAAAAAAGUGUUCAACAAAUCAAAAUAUAUUUGAGAUUUGAGAUUCUUCAAAUACAGUGGGGAGAACAAGUAUUUGAUACACUGCCGAUUUUGCAGGUUUUCCUACUUACAAAGCAUGUAGAGGUCUGUAAUUUUUAUCAUAGGUACACUUCAACUGUGAGAGACGGAAUCAAAAAUCCAGAAAAUCACAUUGUAUGAUUUUUAAGUAAUUAAUUAGCAUUUUAUUGCAUGACAUAAGUAUUUGAUACAUCAGAAAAGCAGAACUUAAUAUUUGGUACAGAAACCUUUGUUUGCAAUUACAGAGAUCAUACCUUUCCUGUAGGUCUUGACCAGGUUUGCACACACUGCAGCAGGGAUUUUGGCCCACUCCUCCAUACAGACCUUCUCCAGAUCCUUCAGGUUUCGGGGCUGUCGCUGGGCAAUACGGACUUUCAGCUCCCUCCAAAGAUUUUCUAUUGGGUUCAGGUCUGGAGACUGGCUAGGCCACUCCAGGACCUUGAGAUGCUUCUUACGGAGCCACUCCUUAGUUGCCCUGGCUGUGUGUUUCGGGUCGUUGUCAUACUGGAAGACCCAGCCACGACCCAUCUUCAAUGCUCUUACUGAGGGAAGGAGGUUGUUGGCCAAGAUCUCGCGAUACAUGGCCCCAUCCAUCCUCCCCUCAAUACGGUGCAGUCGUCCUGUCCCCUUUGCAGAAAAGCAUCCCCAAAGAAUGAUGUUUCCACCUCCAUGCUUCACGGUUGGGAUGGUGUUCUUGGGGUUGUACUCAUCCUUCUUCUUCCUCCAAACACGGCGAGUGGAGUUUAGACCAAAAAGCUCUAUUUCUGUCUCAUCAGACCACAUGACCUUCUCCCAUUCCUCCUCUGGAUCAUCCAGAUGGUCAUUGGCAAACUUCAGACGGGCCUGGACAUUUUUUAUUUUUUUAUUUUUUUUAUUUUUUAUUUCACCUUUAUUUAACCAGGUAAGCCAGUUGAGAACAGGUUCUCAUUUACAACUGCGACCUGGCCAAGAUAAAGCAAAGUAGUGCAAUAAAAACAACACAGAGUUACAUAUGGGGUAAAAAAACAUAAAGUCAGAAAUACAACAGAAAAUAUAUAUACAGUGUGUGCAAAUGUAGCAAGUUAUGGAGGUAAGGCAAUAAAUAGGCUAUAGUGCAUAAUAAUUACAAUAGUAUUAACACUGGAAUGCUAGAUGUGCAAGAGAUUAUGUGCAAAUAGAGAUACUGGGGUGCAAAAGAGCAAAAUAAAUAACAAUAUAGGGAUGAGGUAGUUGGGUGGGCUAAUUUCAGAUGGGCUGUGUACAGGUGCAGUGAUCGGUAAGGUGCUCUGACAACUGAUGCGUAAAGUUAUUGAGGGAGAUAAGAGUCUCCAGCUUCAGAGAUUUUUGCAAUUCGUUCCAGUCAUUGGCAGCAGAGAACUGGAAGGAAUGGCGGCCAAAGGAGGUGUUGGCUUUGGGAAUGACCAGUGAGAUAUACCUGCUGGAGCGCAGACUACGGGUGGGUGCUGCUAUGGUGACCAAUGAGCUAAGAUAAGGCGGGGAUUUGCCUAGCAGUGAUUUAUAGAUGGCCUGGAGCCAGUGGGUUUGACGACGGACAUGUAGUGAGGACCAGCCAACAAGAGCGUACAGGUCACAGUGGUGGGUAGUGUAUGGGGCUUUGGAGACAAAACGGAUGGCACUGUGAUAGACUACAUCCAAUUUGCUGAGUAGAGUGUUGGAGGCUAUUUUGUAAAUGACAUCGCCGAAGUCAAGGAUCGGUAGGAUAGUCAGUUUUACGAGGGCAUGUUUGGCAGCAUGAGUGAAGGAGGCUUUGUUGCGAAAUAGGAAGCCGAUUCUAGAUUUAACUUUGGAUUGGAGAUUCUUUAUGUGAGUCUGGAAGUUGAGUUUACAGUCUAACCAGACACCUAGAUAUUUGUAGUUGUCCACAUACUCUAGGUCAGACCCGUCGAGAGUGGUGAUUCUAGUCGGGUGGGCGGGUGCUAGCAGCGUUCGAUUGAAAAGCAUGCAUUUAGUUUUACUAGUGUUUAAGAGCAGUUGAAGGCUACUGAAGGAUUGUUGUAUGGCAUUGAAGCUCGUUUGGAGGUUUGUUAACACAGUGUCCAAUGAAGGGCCAGAUGUAUACAAAAUGGUGUCGUCUGCGUAGAGGUGGAUCUGAGAGUCACCAGCAGCAAGAGCGACAUCAUUGAUAUACACGGAGAAAAGUGUCGGCCCAAGAAUUGAACCCUGUGGCACCCCCAUAGAGACUGCCAUAGGUCCAGACAACAGGCCCUCCGAUUUGACACACUGAACUCUAUCUGAGAAGUAGUUGGUGAACCAGGCGAGGCAGUCAUUUGAGAAACCAAGGCUAUUUAGUCUGCCAAUAAGAAUGCGGUGGUUGACAGAGUCGAAAGCCUUGGCCAGGUCGAUGAAGACGGCUGCACAGUACUGUCUAUUAUCAAUCGCGGUUAUAAUAUCGUUUAGGACCUUGAGCGUGGCUGAAGUGCACCCGUGACCAGCUCGGAAACCGGAUUGCAUAGCGGAGAAGGUACGGUGGUAUUCGAAAUGGUCGAUGAUCUGUUUGUUAACUUGGCUUUCGAAUACUUUCGAAAGGCAGGGCAGGAUGGAUAUAGGUCUGUAGCAGUUUGGAUCUAGAGUGUCACCCCCUUUGAAGAGGGGGAUGACCGCGGCAGCUUUCCAAUCUCUGGGGAUCUCAGACGUUAUGAAAGAGAGGUUGAACAGACUAGUAAUAGGGGUUGCGACAAUUUCGGCGGCUAGUUUUAGAAAGAAAGGGUCCAGAUUGUCUAGCCCAGCUGAUUUGUAGGGGUCCAGAUUUUGCAGCGCUGGCUUGAGCAGGGGGACCUUGCGUGCGCUGCAGGAUUUUUAAUCCAUGAUGGCGUAGUGUGCUACUAAUGGUUUUCUUUGUGACUGUGGUCCCAGCUCUCUUCAGGUCAUUGACCAGGUCCUGCCGUGUAGUUCUGGGCAGAUCCCUCACCUUCCUCAUGAUCAUUGAUGCCCCACGAGGUGAGAUCUUGCAUGGAGCCCCAGACCGAGGUUGAUUGACCGUCAUCUUGAACUUCUUCCAUUUUCUAAUAAUUGCGCCAACAGUUGUUGCCUUCUCACCAAGCUGCUUGCCUAUUGUCCUGUAGCCCAUCCCAGCCUUGUGCAGGUCUACAAUUUUAUCCCUGAUGUCCUUACACAGCUCUCUGGUCUUGGCCAUUGUGGAGAGGUUGGAGUCUGUUUGAUUGAGUGUGUGGACAGGUGUCUUUUAUACAGGUAACGAGUUCAAACAGGUGCAGUUAAUACAGGUAAUGAGUGGAGAACAGGAGGGCUUCUUAAAGAAAAUCUAACAGGUCUGUGAGAGCCGGAAUUCUUACUGGUUGGUAGGUGAAUUACUUAAAAAUCAUACAAUGUGAUUUUCUGGAUUUUUGUUUCUCACUGUUGAUUCCGUCUCUCACAGUUGAAGGGUACCUAUGAUAAAAAUUACAGACCUCUACAUGCUUUGUAAGUAGGAAAACCUGCAAAAUCGGCAGUGUAUCAAAUACUUGUUCUCCCCACUGUAGCUACCAUUUGCCUUCAUGACAGCUUUGCACACUCUUGGCAUUCUCUCAACCAGCUUCAUGAGGAAUGCUUUUCCAACAGUCUUUCCUUCGCUCUGCGGUCCGACUCAUCCCAAACCAUCUCAAUUUGGUUGAGGUCGGGGGAUUGUGGAGGCCAGGUCAUCUGAUACAGCACUCCAUCACUCUCCUUUGUCAAAUAGCCCAUACACAGCCUGGAGGUGUGUUGGGUCAUUGUCCUGUUGAAAAACAAAUGAUAGUCCCACUAAGCCCAAACAAGAAUGGAUGGCGUAUCGCUGCAGAAUGCUGUGGUAGCCAUGCUGGUUAAGUGUGCCUUGAAUUCUAAAUAAAUCACAGACCGUGUCACCAGCAAAGCACCCCCACACCAUAACACCUCCUCCUCCAUGCUUUAUGGUGGGAACUACACAUGCGGAGAUCAUCCGUUCACCCACACCGCGUCUCACAAAGACACGGCGGUUGGAACCAAAAAUCUCAAAUUUGGACCCCAGACCAAAGGACACAUUUCCACCGGUCUAAUGUCCAUUGCUCAUCUUUCUUGGCCCAAGCAAGUGUGUUCUUCUUAUUGGUGUCCUUUAGUAGUGGUUUCUUUGCAGCAAUUCGACCAUGAAGGUCUGAUUCUCAGUCUCCUCUGAACAGUUGAUGUUGAGAUGUGUCUUACUUGAACUCUGUGAAGCAUUUAUUUGGGCUGCAAUUUCUGAGGCUGGUAACUCUAAUGAACUUAUCCUCUGCAGCAGAGGUAACGUUGGGUCAUCCAUUCCUGUGGCGGUCAUCAUGAGAGCCAGUUUCAUCAUAGUGCUUGAUAUUUCAUCAUUUUGAUGUCUUCACUAUUAUUCUACAAUGUAGAUAAUAGUAAAAAUAAAGAAAAACCCUUGAAUGAGUAGGUGUUCUAAAACCUUUGGCUGGUAGUGUAUCUGUAGGUUUUCUCUCCCACGUUUUGACAGCUCAAGGUUUUUUCAUACACAUAGUGGCCUUUUCCUUACAUCACAAGUGGGAUAGUACAGUAGUUGUGAUACACUCCAGUGAUGAGAGGCUAUUUGAGCUGCUUUCUGAGUCUUGGAUGUCAGUGACCUCUGGGACCAUGGUCAUGUGACAUUAUGAAGCACUUCCUGUUAGAGAUGGUAAUCUGGCUGAGUCAAUCACUGAAUGCAGGAGGAAAGGCCUGCUCUGCUCUGGGCCCCAGGCACCUUGCCACCUCUGAGUCAGCCUGGACAUUCCAACACAGAAAACUGCACGCGCAUUCUCACACCAGUAACACACGCAUUUUCAACCCCCCAACACAGAAUGCAGAAAACUUAUACCUCAGCAGAUUUGCCAAAUGUGUAACACAGAUAACACACACACACACACACACACACACGUGAGCAGUAGAAAUCGACACUGGCCAUUUGGUUGUACAUUUGUGUGUGGAGCUGGCUGCUUUCAUUGGUGUUUGAAAGUAAUGAGCCCCAGCUCUAAUCUGGCAGCAAAUCCCUCUCACAUUAUUCUUCAUUUUAUUUCCUCAGUAAUAUGGCAAACAAAUUGGUAAUAAACUAGAAAAGGCCUUGAGGAAUGCAAUUUAUUGGAAGUAAAUGCAGCAUUGUAACUUAUCUGGAUACAUUUAUCAGACCUCCUUGGAUUCUAACGCAAAGUGUUCAAUCUGGUUAUUCACACUUGAAUGACAGCAUUUACCCCUAUAUUUCAACUGGUCUGGUCCAUUUCCUGAACUGCAGAGUGGGCAGAAUAGAAGAGAAUACCGUAGCUGGCAUACUAUCCGUCAAACAGAUCCUCAAAAUCCAUGACCCUUUUACAAGAGAGACUAGUCUUUGUGCAGCGUUCAAAGGCAGCAGAAGGAUGAAUAGAUGGUCCCUUGAUGCAUGUCUGUCUCAGGUCUUUGGUUGGAGAGAACUGAAGUGAUUUUCCCCUCAGUCAGCAGAGUCUGUGUCCCCUUGGCAGGCUGGUUGAGGCUGGUUCUCUCUCUGCUCCAGACUGCUCUGCUGCUUCCCCAGGCCUGUUGUCUGAUGGGCAGACUGAGGGACUGGCCCGUGAAACAACCGAGACCCACCCAGGCUCAGCCAGGACCGGAAGCUCCAUCCUGACUCCCCCGAAACAGCUUUACCAGCCCCUCAACACCACACACACGCACACACACACACACACACACACACACAUACACACACACACACACAGCCUCCUCUCAAUCUUCUGCAACAACCCCACAAGAUGGCUGACAUGAAAUGGCAUUUUACAGAGGAAGCAAUAUUCUUAUCCCUGUCUUGCAGUUUCCUCUUCCAACGAGUCCAGUUCCAACUAAUGGCUUCAAUAUGAGGUUACUUUUAGUCUUCACAUUUUGGCAUUUUGUUGUAUCAGCUCCUUUUUCUUGGAGGCAGUCCAAGUUUGAAUCAGUAAAAGGUGAGCUGUGUUUCCUCUCUGUCUGGGCUCUGAAGCUAUAAAGGAACUCUUCAGCUUCAGUUGCAUUUUGAUGUGGUGAGAUCUUUGGCGUUGUAGCGUGACUCUCUUUAACUUCCAGUGUGCUGUAUGGACUAGACUACCUUAGCAUUUAGACAGGAUUCAACUUUACCUCUUGAACACAACUCCAAUCAUCUUUCUCCGAUCGACUACGCAAUGGCCUCUGAGUUUAUCCGAACUUCAGAUGAAACUUAAUAUUAGAAAUGGUAAGUUUCUCACAUUAUAUUAGCCUCCAUUGUCUCCUGCCUCUGAUUGUCCAAUGUCCACAAAGGAGUUAAACUGAAGGAAUCACCCAUUUUGAAUGUUAAAACAUUUUUGUGCAUCUCUGAGCGGUGUUCUAUCGAUUCCCGGGGUAAUUUCAUGUUUUCAUGUGAAUCUGAGCUAUUGACGUUAAAGCAUGCAGAAAUGCAGCCGGAAUGAUGAGUUUCGCAUCAUAUGAACAGCCUGCUCUAAAUCUGAAUUUCUUCUAGGGCUGUCCCAAACAACAACAAAAUCUUAGUCGACCGAGAGCCGUCUGUUCUUUCGACAAAUCGAUUGGUCUAAAUUUUUUAACGUGUAUUUUUUUUAGGAUGUGUAGACACAUCCUAUGUAUUUUAAUCAUGUCAACUAUAUGCACUGAGCUUGUCUGAUGCUUUAAGCACGCUGUUUGAUUAAAUAAUUAAGACACACAAAUUACUAGAGGGAGUCCAACCACAAUGGCGCCGGAGGGGAUGGCAGCCGUUUUACGGGCUCCUAACCAACUGUGCUAUUUUGUGUUUUUUCGCGUUGUUUGUAACUUAUUUUGUACAUUAAUGUUGCUGCUACCGUCUCUUAUGACCGAAAAUAGCUUCUGGAUAUCAGAACAGCGAUUACUCACAAAGAACUGGACCAAGAUUUUUUCUUUAAUGAGUCCGACGCGAAGGAUAAACUGCUUCUCUGAGACCAGGCCCAAAUCCCGUCAUUCACGUGAAGAAAAUACGGAAACACAGGGGGCGGAGAUCGGGGUUCCUUGUGAGAAUUCAUCAGACGAUUGGGUAACCCGCCUCUACCAUCCGUUCUAAUGGCCAAUGUGCAAUCACUGGAGAAUAAACUGGAUGAUCUCCGUUAAAGUCUAUCCUACUGACGGGACAUAAAAAACUGUAAUAUCUUAUGUUUCCCCGAGUCGUGUCUGAACGACGACACGGAUAAUAUACAGUUGGCUGGGUUUUCCGUGCAUCGGCAGGACAGAACAGCUACAUCUGGUAAGACGAGAGGUGGGGGUGUGUGUCUAUUUGUCAAUAACAGCAGGUGCGCAAUGUCAAGGAAGUCUCGAGAUAUUGCUCGCCUGAGGUAGAGUACCUCAUGAUAAGCUGUAUACCACACCAUCUACCAAGAGAGUUUUCAUCUAUAUUUUUGUAGCCGUCUAUUUACCACCACAAACUGAUGCUGGCACUAAGACCACACUCAACGAGCUGUAUAAGGCCAUAAGCAAACAAGAAAAUGCUCAUCCAGAAGCGGCACUCCUAGUGGCCGGGGACUUUAAUGCAGGCAAACUUAAAUCCGUUUUACCUCAUUUCUACCAACAUAUCACAUGUGCAACCAGAGGGGAAAAAAACGCUAGACCACCUUUACUCCACACACAGAGGUGCAUACAAAGCUCUCCCUCGCCCUCCAUUUGGAAAAUCUGACCAUAAUUCAAUCCUCCUGAUUCCUCCUUACAAGCAAAAACUAAAGCAGGAAGUACCAGUGACUCGCUCAAUAAGGAAGUGGUCAGAUGACACGGAUGCUACGCUACAGUACUGUUUUGCUAGCACAGACUGGAAUAUGUUCCGGGAUUCAUCCAAUGGCAUUGAGGAGUAUACCACAUCAGUCACCGGCUUCAUCAAUAAGUGCAUCGACGAUGUCGUCCCCACAGUGACCGUACGUACAUAUCCCAACCAGAAGCCAUGGAUUACAGGCAACAUCGGCACCGAGCUAAAGGCUAGAGCUGCCGCUUUCAAGGAGCUGGACACUAAUCCGGACGCUUAUAAGAAAUCCCGCUAUGCCCUCAGACGAACCAUCAAACAUGCAAAGUGUCAAUACAGGACUAAGAUUGAAUCCUACUACACCGGCUCUGACGCUCGUCGGAUAUGGCAGGGCUUGCAAACUAUUACAGACUACAAAGGGAAACCCAGCCGCGAGCUGCCCAGUGACGCGAGCCUACCAGAUGAGGUAAAUGCCUUUUUAUGCUCGCUUCGAGGUAAGCAACACUGAAGCAUGCAUGAGAGCACCAGCUUUACCGGACGACUGUGUGAUCACACUCUCCGUAGCCGAUGUGAGCAAGACCUUUAAACAGGUCAACAUUCACAAGGCCGCGGAUUACCAGGACGUGUACUCAGGGCAUGCGCGGAACAACUGGCAAGUGUCUUCACUGACAUUUUCAACCUCUCCCUGACCGAGUCUGUAAUAUCAACAUGUUUAAAUGACUACCGCCCCGUAGCACUCACAUCGGUAGGCAUGAAGUGCUUUGAAAGGCUGGUCAUGACUCACAUCAACACCAUCACUCCGGAAACCCUAGACCCACUCCAAUUUGCAUACAGCCCCAACAGAUCCACAGAUGACGCAAUCUCAAUCGCACUCCACACUGCCCGUUCCCACCUUGACAAAAGGAACACCUAUGUGACAAUGCUGUACAUUGACUACAGCUCAGCGUUCAACACCAUAGUGACCCUGGGACUCAACACCUCCCUCUGCAACUGGAUCCUGGACUUCCUGACGGGUCGCCCCCAGGUGGUAAGGGUAGGCAACCACACAUCUACCACACUGAUCCUCAACACGGGGGCCCCUCAGGGGUGCGUGUUUAGUCCCCUCCUGUACUCCCUGUUCACACACGACUCCAACACCAUCAUUAAGUUUGCUUACGACACAACAGUGGUAGGCCUGAUCACCGACAACGAUGAGACAGCCUAUAGGGAGGAGGUCCGAGACCUGGCAGUGGGGUGCCAGGACAACAACCUCUCCCUCAACGUGAGCAAGACAAAUGUAUUCAAAAUAAAAACCGAAUACAUUAUUUACAUAAGUAUUCAGACCCUUAGCUAUGAGUCUUGAAAUUGAGCUCAGGUGCAUCCUGUUUCCUUUGAUCAUCCUUGAGAUGUUUCUACAUCUUGACUAGAGACCACAUGUGGUAAAUUGAAUUGAUUGGACAUGAUUUGGAAAGGCACACACCUGUCUAUAUAAGGUCCCACAGUUGAAAGUGCAUGUCAGAGCAAAACCAAGCCAUGAGGUCAAAGCAAUUGUCCGUAGAGCUCCGAGACAGGAUUGUGUCGAGGCAUAGAUCUGGGGAAGGUUACCAAAACAUUUAUGCAGCAGUGAAGGCCCCCAAGAACACAGUGGCCUCCAUCAUUCUUAAAUGGAAGAAGUUUGAAACCACCAAGACUCUUCCUAGAGCUGGCCGCCUGGCCGAACUGAGCAAUCGGGAGAGAAGGGCCUUGGUCAGGGAGGUCACCAAGAACCCGAUGGUCACUCUGACAGAGUUCCUCUGUGGAGAUGGGAGAACCUUCUAGAAUGACAACCAUCUCUGCAGCACUCCACCAGUCAGGCAUUUUAUGGUAGAUUGGCCAGACGGAAGCCACUCCUCAGUAAAAGGCACAUGACAGCCCGCUUGGAGUUUGCCAAAAGGCACAUAAAGGACUCUCAGACCAUGAGGAACAAGAUUCUCUGGUCUGAUGAAACCAAGAUUGAACUCUUUGGCCUGAAUGCCAAACGUCAUGUCUGGAGGAAACCUGGCACCAUCCCUACGGUGAAGCAUGGUGGUGGCAGCAUCAUGCUGUGGGGAACUUUUUCAGCGGCAGGGGCUGGGAGACUAGUCGGGAUCGAGGGAAAGAUGAACGGAGCAAAGUACAGAGAGAUCCUUGAUGAAAACCUGCUCCAGAGAGCUCAGGACCUCAGACUGGGGGCGAAGGUUCACGUUCCAACAGGACAACGACCCGAGGCACACAGCCAAGACAACGCAAGAGUGGCUUCGGGACAAGUCUCUGAAUGUCCUUGAGUGGCCCAGCCAGAGCCCGGACUUGAACCCGAUUGUACAUCUCUGGAGAUACCUGAAAAUAGCUGUGCAGCGACGCUCCCCAUCCAACCUGACAGAGCUUGAGAGGAUUGCAGAGAAGAAUGGUAGAAACUCCCCAAAUACAGGUGUGCUAAGCUUGUAGCGUCAUACCCAAGAAGACCCGAGGCUGUAGUCACUGCCAAAGGUGCUUCAACAAAGUACUGAGUAAAGGGUCUGAAUACUUUUAUAUAAAUGUGAUAUUUCUGUUUGCAAAAGUUUCUAAAAACCUGUUUUUGCUUUGUCAUUAUGGGGUAUAGUGUGUAGAUUGGUGAGGGGAAUUUUUUUUAAAUCCAUUUUAGAAUAAGGCUGUAACGUAACAAAGUGUGGAAAAAGUCAAGGGGUCUGAAUACUUUCCGAAUGCAGUGUAUAUGGAUGAUUUAUAAAGCCAGGCCCAUUUAACAGUUAGGCUAUUGAUUAUAGACCUAAUGAAGUUGGGGUUUCCUCUCCUCACUUUUCUUAGACAAUUAAGGCAUGUGCAGUUUUCUCGUCUCCUAACUCCACUGCUGCCUCCACCACAUUGCUCUCAACACUGAUAUGCUGGUUAACUUUGCUAUUAUGCACAUAGCAACAUGGUGUCGGAAAAGGCGCCAAUUCAGCUGAUGUGUUUCAGAACUGUGGACAGCUACCGCUAUCCAACGUGGGAGAAACACAUUUGUUAUUAAAUAAUAUUAUUUUUAUUAGUGUUGCUCCAUUGUUCUUAUGUAAUAUAACCAUAUACAUUUUCAGUAGCACAUGUCUUAGAGUGAUGGACUGUGCCAUCCCCACGGUCUCCACAAUGGAUUAGUCCACUCAGACAGUACACCAUGAACGUUAUAUUUCUUUUUUUGCUACUGCUCAACUAAAGAGAUCUCGGUCGACCAGUCGACUGCAUGGGGUCUGCCAUAAUUUCUUCACACAACUGGUUAUACCGGUUUCUCUGCAGUUCUCAUGUGUUUUUCCCUCGUGCUUUGAAUGGCUGUUUUCGGCAGGUCCCUCCUUUUACAAAAAAAGUAUGCGAUACAGCAAGAUAUGUUUCACGGCUGCUUUACUUUGAUUCGGGUGUUGUGUUCUCUAACUGCAGGGCUAAGACUUGAACAUUACAACGGUAGUAGAGCGUUUCAUCAUACUUUUGACGCGCUGAGUAGUCGAAUGAAGGUUUGCUUUACUGAGAAGACUCACAGGUUGAUUAUCAGUACACGCCAUCUCUAGAUCUUCCAGUCAAGUCUUAACAGUAUGCUGCCCACACUGUUCUCAUGGUACUCCAGUAUUAUUAGCCUAGACUAUCAGAUAAAAGCUGUUAUCUUUACUCUCUCUCUGUGCAUGAAGGUUGUGCAUUAAAUUUUUUCUAUAGCCUAGUAUAUGUGACAUCUUUUUGGAUAGUGCACAUUGGUUGGUUUAUUGAUUGAUUGGCUGAUGUGCCUACCAAGCAAAAAGCCCAGAGUUAAGCCAGGAUUUAAAGGGAUACUUUGGGAUUUUGGCAAUGAAGCCCUUUAUCCACUUCCCCAGAUUCAGAUUAACUCAUGGAUACCAUUUUUAUGUCUCUAGUAUGAAAGUUAAAAGGUAGUUUCACAUGCCAAUGCUAACUAGCAUGCUAGCAGUUACCAUAGACUUCCAGUCAUUGUGCUAACGCUAGUUAGCAACUUCCUUCAAACUGCAUGCACAGAAAAUAGUAUCCAAGAGUUCGUCUGACUCUGGGGAAGUAGAUAAAGGGCUUCAUUGCCAAAAUCCUGAAGUAUCCUUUUAACCCCUACCUUGUACCUUCAGCACCCAGAAGCCCAUAGUAGUGAUUCUGAGCCAGUCUAACCAACCUCAUGCCACACACAGUCUCUCAGCCCGCAGACAGGAACCUCCUGUCAGUCAGAUCUAACAGCAGACUCCAACAGGAAGCAGCAGUUUGAUGCUACAGGAAGAGCUAGCUGCAGGAGCCUCCCCUCGCAAUUGGCCAAUCGGCCCACUAGAGGUGUCAACAGACGCCGCAUUGUUGCUCAGGAAGUCUAGCGCCCCUUCUGUGCGGCUAUUGUUUAUCUCCCAGCCUUCCUGCGUUUCUACUCUUCGCUGGCUAUAUAUAGCCAGACUGGGUGCCCGAUGGCACUACAGUGCUGACACACAACAAUGGCCUGAGCUCCUGCAAUACCAAUCCUUUUGUUUUGGCCAUUCAUCAGCAGCUACUUAGCAAUUUGUCAGUCACCUACUGUGAGCUAUGCUACAUCAAAUUAGCUUAGGUCUCAAGGGAUGUGAUCGUUUGCUCAUAUUUUAGGUCAUAUUUUGCCCCCUGUUUUAAAUCUUUACAUUCUUGCGAAGCUCACUAGUUGUCUCUGUUCACCGGCUAGGAACAUAAGUGUCUGUGUAUUAUUUUCCAAGUAACCAGCACAGGUUCUCAUGUAACAGGCCAGCCAAGUUGUACAGUUUUCAUGGCAUUGACCACAGCCUGUAUCUUGAUGGGUCCUUGCUAUCAGGGAUCAUUGGGACGUCCCUACCCCCAAUUGAAGUUUACAUUUAAAAUGGUUAAGGUAAGGGUUAUGGUUAAGGUUAGGGUUUAGGGUAGGGACGUCCCAAGGAUACCGGAUAGCACUAACAUAUCUUGAUGUGGUUCCCUGGGUGUGGCUCCUUGAAAUGGGACCAGUCUGGUGAGCCAUGGCAUUGGAGCGAGACUCCCUGAAGCCCUGACUGGCUGCAGUACACAGGAUAUUGUACUAAUAUGUGGCUGUCCAUCCUCUGACUGCAGCAGAGCAGAUGCAUAUUGAAGCAAUUUAACCAGAGACCUCUCCAAUCAAAUCUCUUUAUUCUUUCCACUGAGCUGACAUUCAACCCCUUUUGUUUAUUUUCCAGUCAAGACAAAUGAGUGCAGCUUGAUUACUCAGGCCUGUUGAAAUGUGUUUAUCUGAGAUGGGGCUGUCAAUUCUUUCAACCAAAUUCUGUAUUUUCAGCUAUUUGAAGCUGGGGUACAAAACUGAAAGUAAAAGGAGAAGGGGCUAGCUGCAUCCCAAUAUGACGACCGGAGUAUGGGCGAGUGGGUGUGUCGAAAGGAAAAUAAUGGGCUUUGGAAAGGAGUGGGUGUGUCGAAAGCACUCUGCUAUAGGUUAGACCAGGGGUGUCAAACGUCCGGCCCACGGGCCGGAUCAGGCCCGCAAACAGGUUUAAUCCGGCCCGCGAGAUUAUUUUGUAAAGUAUAAAAAUGUGCUGCAAUUUUUCAAUAAAAUAAACCGCUGUUCCAAUUGCGUCCACUGGAUGGCGCAAUAGCAAUUUUGUUAAGCAAACUGUUUAUACCGGGGCAGAGCAAGUAGGUCAAGCAAGUGCAGCCAGUCCGGAUGAGCUACUUUGUUUUGCCAGCGAUUAUUAUUACGGCUUCUACUUUUAACAUUAUGUGCUUUGGCACCCUCAUUGCCCUAAUAUGUCUCUAUCAAAAAAGAGAAAAGUGGACGCAGUGUUCCAAGAAAAAUGGUCAUCCUCCUAUUUAUUCACGGAAUUGAAUGGGAAAGCUGUAUGUUUUGUGUGUUCACAGCAUGUUGCAGUGCUGAAAGAAUAUAGCCUUCGUCGCCACUAUGUGAGUCUUCAUGCCGACAAAUAUGACAACUUUCAAGGACAGCGGAGAAGAGAGAAGGUGAAUGAACUGUUGGCGGGUCUGAAGAAACAGCAGUCUGUGUUUACUCACAGCCGAGACAUCCGUGACGCUGCAGUGAAAGCUAGCUACCUCAUUGCUAAUGAAAUCGCAGUGGCUUCAAAACCAUUUAGUGAGGGUGAAUUUGUAAAAACAUGCAUGAUGAAGGCAGCGGAGAUUGUGUGCCCUGAAAAGCGCCAGGCUUUUGCAAAUAUCAGCCUGACAAGAAAGAUUUCCGAUCUUUCAGUGGAUUUGGACAGCCAGUUGAAGCAAAAAGUAAAGUAAUUUAUUGCGUUUUCGGUUGCAAUUGAUGAAAGCACGGACAUUACAGAUGUUGCACAACUGGCCAUUUUCAUCCGCGGAGUUGAUGACACAUUGACCGUCACCGAGGAGUUCGUGGAGUUGGUGCCGAUGACAGAUACAACGACAGCAGCUGAUAUUUUCACCGCACUCGUCGGCGCGCUGGACAGGGUCGGAGUGGACUGGUCCCGCGCUGUCAGCCUGGCUACAGAUGGUGCGCCCUCAAUGAUCUGGAAAAAAGCAGGCGUUGUGACAAAGUUCAGAGAGAAAGUGCAAUCUGCAAAUGGAGGACGUGAUUUUUGGACUUUUCACUGUAUUUUGCACCAGGAGGCUUUGUGUUGCAAGUCAUUAAAGAUGGAUAACGUCAUGAAGGUGGUCAUCCAAACUGUUAAUUUCAUCCAAUCCAGAAGCCUGAAUCACCGUCAGUUUGACAGCCUUCUCAGAGAGAAAGACCACAUCUAUGGCCUGCCAUACCACACUGAGGUAAGAUGGUUAAGCCGAGGUGCUGUGCUGAGGCAUUUCUUUGAUUUACGAGAAGAAAUUGAACAGUUCAUGGAAGAAAAGGGCAAACCAGUGUUAGAAUUUCAUUCCGCAGAAUGGAUGCAGGACCUUGCAUUUAUGGUGGAUGUUAUAGAGCACCUGAAUAACUUGAACAAACAGCUGCAAGGGCGCAACAAAGUUGUCACGCAGUAUUAUGACAGCAUACGUUCUUUCAAGUUGAAGCUGUCAUUGUGGGAGACGCAACUCGCCGGUGGUGAUGCAGCUCACUUCCCAUGUCUGAAAAAUGUGUGCGCAACCCAACAUGUGGCAGACAUGAAGCGGUUCAAAGAUAAAAUAACGGGACUGUUACGGUAGUUUGUGCAACGCUUUCAGAUUUUUGGUGAACUAGAGAAAGACUUCAACGUUUUUUGCUCGCCAUUCACCGUGAAUCCCUCUGAUCUGCCCGUCAGCAUCCAACUUGAAAUAAUAGACUUGCAGUGUGACUCGGAUUUGAAGGGCAAAUUUGCCGCAGCUGGCUUGGACACAUUUUAUCAGAAUCUCUUGCCAGGUUACCCCAACUUGACAGCCCUCGCUGCAAAACUGUUGUGCAUGUUUGGAACCACAUAUCUUUGUGAGCAAGUUUUCUCUGUAAUGAGCAUAAAUAAAACAAAGCUGUGCUCAAGGCUCACGCACGAGCACUUGAAUCACAUCCUGAAGUUGGCUGCCACUCAGGAUGUGACGCCUAAUAUUGAUGCGCUGGUGAAAGCUAAAAGAUGCCAGGUAUCAGGAGUCAAAUAAACUAUGCAACCCCAUUUAAAGUGCUGCAUGAGACACCCUGAUAUAGUUAUGUGAUCUGUGAUAUACUUCUGUGAAUCACUGAGGCAUUGUGUUCUUUUUCUUUAGAAUUUUCAAAUAAACUUGAAGUGUUUUAUGAUUAAUAGUGAUGUUGUGCUUGUACUAUUUUGGACACACUGUCCUCAGGCUCCAGCUUUAUGUUUUAUGUUGAUCGUAUUAAAACAAAGAAAACAAUCUGAAGUUGUUGUUUUUAAGUUAUAUAUACCAUGAUUUUACCGGUCCGGCCCACUUGGGAAUAGAUUUUCCUCCAUGUGGCCCCUGAGCUAAAAUGAGUUUGACACCCCUGGGUUAGACGGUUGUGAUUAAGCUGUGGGUUUUUUUUCUUCGGUUUCUUACUGUGCAACUACCGUACAUUGGGCUACGAGCAAGAGUUUGGACUUCUGUUUUUAAGCCAGAGGGUGUCUGAGUCUUAUUUCACUGUUAGUUUUACACAAGUAAUUUUACAUUUUUCAGUUGUAAAACUGACAAUGUUUUAUUUAAGUAUUGAUGAUGGGUAUACUGUUGCUUCAUGCCUUAUGUAUCAAGGUGAAAUCUAGAUCGUUAUCUAUAUUAGUUAUUUCUUGUGUAGGCUGCUUUCCUACUUGAAAUAAAAUAAUGGGAGAGAAAAAAUGUGCCAUGUUAGCUACCGGCGGCGACACAACCAUGAUACCCAGUAGGAAGCACUUCAAGUCGGCAGGCAUAACACCGGAGCACUGGUCGCCGGCUUAAUAUCGACUCAUAGUGCAGCCCAAUCAGCCAGGCAAAACAGUCUUGAGUGGCAACAAAUCUGCCCAGUUAGCUGAUUGGCUUUCCAUACACCCACUCCUUUCGACAUACCCACUCACUCAUACUCCGGUCGCCAUAUUGGGCUGCAGCUACCCAUACUUGAGUAAAAGACGCAAAAAUAAAACUUAAGAAUGGGAAGCAUAGAAAUAGCAUACAUAGAACAGAUCUACCACUUCUUAGACUUGCUUUCAAUGAGAAUGACAGAUCUAUAACCCACAUUUCUUUGUGAAUUUUGUUGGGUCGCCCCAAAAAGUUACAUAUUACAGGUUUAAUGAUGGGAGGCUCAGUUGAGUUGUGCCUGGAGUCCUUUGUCUGCUUAGCCAUGUAGAUGACCUGCAGCAAGGCGAAGCAUAAAGGAAAAGUUGUGCAGUUAUAUCUAACUAUCAUGUGAAUGUCCCACAGCAUCUCUGACCGUCAAUCAGAUUGGCCUUGUAAUUUAUAGUACCACUGGUGUUUUGCUCUUAUUCUUGUGAGUACUGUUGUUUGUUGUGUUGUUCCAGUAUUGGUGCUAUCACAUCAGCCUACAGUUAUAGAUUAUGCAGAUAGAGCCUGAUUUGUUACUUACGAUGUGUUUCCAAUUAAUAUAUUGUGCAUGUAGCCAAGUGGUUGAGAGGUGUCAGAGCCUGGCAGUGAUACUGGGAAACAAAUGGCAGUAAUUUAAACGAAGGAUCCUUCUACUGAGGUGCCUGUCUGUGCAAUAACAAUGAAGGCUAUGAUUAGUAAGGAGAACUGGUUGGAGUCUGAGGCAGCCAACUGAGGGACUGAAUGGGGAUAUAGGCCCUUGGAAAUAUACAGGGGGUUUGGCUGCCAGGGAACACAAGAGAAAGGAGCCAGUCAAGACAGGCAAAGACGUCAUGAUCACACACACACACACUCACACACACACACACACAUCCUUUAUUUCACUAUGCAGACUCGUUUCCGUAGACUCUGCUUGGUUAGCCAAGCCGUUAAGCCACUUCCUCAUACCUGAUGUGCCUCGCAACCAAUCAGAAAGGGUUAUGGCUAGCAACCAAUCACAAAGGCUGCAGAGCGGUAUGUUUCAAUGUGAAUGAUGCUGUGAGCCUGUGACAUGUUUAGCAUUUCCUCCACGGCAGAGAGGCAGAGUGCAGGGGAAUGUUCCCAGGGUCUGCUAGCCUUCACCCUGGGACAACCGUUUGACAACACUGGGCAGUCAAUGCCAGCUGACAGUGUCUUAUCCUGGCCCAGUGUCAAUGUUAUCGCCCCCUCAGUAAACAACGCUCACACACUAGCAUGUACACAUUCUCCUGAGGUGAGCCCCAGCUCUGGGAAGGAGGAGUCUAAAUGUUACAACAGGUCCAUGUUAAACCACAUAUUUCGUCCACGGAUGAUGAUGUUUCAGCCAGGCUUUUCAGUCUUUUCUCCUCAGUCAACUCCUGUCUCUCUUACUCUGACAUUUACCUCGCAUUAUGAAGUUAUUUUCAUAAAAUGUAACCUUUUUUCUGAGCCCUCAAAAAUGUAUUCCGUUUACGAUUCUUCAAGCAGCACUCAUCCUGGAGGUUAAGUUGAUAUAGUGAGUGUAAAUCUGCUCAUGGAUUGAGAACACAAAGAGCACUAGGUAAAGAGAGAGUAAUACCAGGACAGCCAUUCUAGGAACAGUGGAAAUAGGUCAACAGUUCACUGUAAGGAUUCUUAAUCAGACCCCCUCUGUGUGGCCCCCCACCCCUUAAAUCAGCUCAACCACCAAUGUAUCAAAUUCUGACUGCAACUGGUGCUCCCCGCAGGAUGUGGCUCCUAUUUAAGAUGUACAGAGUCAACUUCUCCUGUGGCUGCCUUUUGUGUGUGUGUGUGAGAACAGGGCUGUCCAUUCAGACUGGUGGCAGGGCUGGGUGUGUACCCCUGGCUGGGGUUGGCUGUAGCCUGAGGGAGACUAGUUCUCUGGACCUAACACAGGCCCCCCAUACCCCCAUCAAUCAUACUGGCCUAGUGUCACCCCCUGGACUUCUGCAAGAGAGUAGAAAGGAGGGGGGAGGUUAGGGGAGGAUAGAGGCAGGGAGAGAAAUAAUACUUUAACUAUUUGACAUAAUAUGACACUUGAAAUGUCUUUAUUCUUUUGGAACUUUUGUGAGUGUAAUGUUUACUCUACAUUUUUUGUUGUUUAUUUCACUUUUGUUUAUUAUCUAUUUCACUUGCUUUAGCAAUGUAAACAUAUGUUUCCCAUGCCAAUAAAGCCCUUUAAAUUGAAAUUGAAUUGAAUUGAAAGAGGGGAGGGGAGGAUGGCUCCAGCCCCCCCCCCCCUCUCUCUCUCUCAGCUGCUGUUUUCAUCUAGUGUUGACUUCUAGACUGGGGUAGCUGUGUUGUCAUUCUGAGCAGACUUUUGUUGUUGACAACAGCCCCAGUAUUAGCACAAGUGUAGUUAUUCAUGUUUCCUAACUGUAUAAUGACUUUAUGGUUCACACAGUGAAAGUAACCCCCCCCCUCUCUCUACUAGGCGUUUGGGAAUGCCAAGACGGCCCACAACAACAACUCCAGCCGCUUUGGGAAGUUCAUCCAGGUCAACUACCUGGAGAGUGGGGUGGUGAGAGGGUGAGUACUUACCACUGGCCCACACUGUGUGUUGUGAUGACACACUCAAUCCUCCUGUCCGACUUACCCUGUAAACACACACUCCAUCCCUGGUGGAUGUUCCUGAGUGUGUGUUUGCAUGUAACGCUUUAAACACACACACACAGACACACAGAAACCUCCAUGAGACUGCAGACAGCCACUGUUACUUCCAUCAUACCAUACAAGGCUAUUGAGAAGCACUGUAGUGUGUUUGUUUCUGUUGUGAUUCCUCUUUGAGGCCUGCAGCCCCAACCACGUUACUGCACAGCCUCCUUCCUCUCUCUGCCUGCAGUCUCUCUGGUUACUGCCUGCAGUCUCAUUGGUUAAUGCCUGCAUCACAUGCCCUGUCAUUUCCUCUCUAACAGAGGAAGAGAGCGCUUAUCGUAAAGUUUAAUAAAGCGUCAAUAUCAAAAUGAAACAUGAGUGUUCGACAUGAGCUUACUGUACUAUACAGACAUCCAUUGAUUCCCAACCUGAUUAGAAGGUCUUAAAACAGGGACUCAUCAUUUUAUAUUGAAUUGCUUAGCUUGAGAGGGGAGAAAGUAAUUGAAUAAGAACUGUUGAAAGUUGCUGUUGAGACUUCAGUGGCUGUGCUAGUGCUGGUUGAGCUUGUUAUGCUUGUAGUAAAGUGUCUGUCAGUCAGAAGCCAUUGAUUACAGCAGGACAGUGCUGACAUUCUGCUAAACAAAGGCUUGCUGUGUGCAGCAGAGAGUGGAGCAGCCAAGGCCGCUCUAUAGAGGAGAUUAUUACCAAGGGAAACCCUGGGACUAGUGCUCAGCACUGCACUGGCAGUGUGUUUUCAUUCACUACAUUACACUCUGCCUGCCUGGCUGGUUACAGGGUCUCACUGGGAUGGGAGAUGGGCUGCCUGUGGCAUGGCUCCUUAGUUUAAGACUAGACUAGCGAUAAAGUAAGAUCCUCUGCCUGUUUGUGUAUCUGUCUCUUCGUGUGGCAGCUAGCCUAGAGCGGCAGGUAGCCUAGCGCUUAAGAGCAUUGGGCCAGUAACCGAAAGGUCACUGGUUCGAAUCCCCGAGCCGACUAGGUUCACUUAACCCUAAUUGCUCCUGUAAGUUGCUCUGGAUAAGAGCGUCUGCUAAAUGACUAAAAUGUAAAAUGUGUGUGGUUGUAUAUGUCUCUAUCUCCGUGUGUGUCUCUGUCUCCGUGUGUGUCUCUGUCUCUGUGUGUGUCUCUGUCUCUGUGUGUGUCUCUGUCUCUAUGUGUGUCUCUGUCUCUGUGUGUGUCUCUGUCUCCGUGUGUGUCUCUGUCUCUGUGUGUGUCUCUGUCUCUGUGUGACGUGUGUGUCUCUGUCUCUGUGUGUGUCUCUGUCUCUGUCUCCGUGUGUGUCUCUGUCUCUAUCUCUGUGUGUGUCUCUGUCUCUAUCUCUGUGUGUGUCUCUGUCUCUAUCUCUGUGUGUGUCUCUGUCUCUGUGUGUGUCUCUGUCUCUAUCUCCGUGUGUGUCUCUGUCUCUGUGUGUGUCUCUGUCUCUGUGUGUGUCUCUGUCUCUAUCUCCGUGUGUGUCUCUAUCUCCGUGUGUGUCUCUAUCUCCGUGUGUGUCUCUGUCUCCGUGUGUGUCUCUGUCUCUGUGUGUGUCUCUGUCUCUGUGUGUGUCUCUGUCUCUGUGUGUGUCUCUGUCUCUGUGUGUGUCUCUGUCUCUGUGUGUGUCUCUGUCUCUGUGUGUGUCUCUGUCUCUGUGUGUGUCUCUGUCUCUGUGUGUGUCUCUGUCUCCGUGUGUGUCUCUGUCUCCGUGUGUGUCUCUGUCUCUAUCUCCGUGUGUGUCUCUGUCUCCGUGUGUGUCUCUGUCUCUGUGUGUGUCUCUGUCUCUGUGUGUGUCUCUGUCUCUGUGUGUGUCUCUGUCUCUGUGUGUGUCUCUGUCUCUGUGUGUGUCUCGGUCUCUGUCUCUGUCUCUGUGUGUCUCUGUCUCUGUCUCUGUGUGUCUCUGUCUCUGUCUCUGUGUGUGUCUCUGUCUCUGUGUGUAUCUCUGUUUCUGUGUGUGUCUCUGUCUCUGUGUGUGUCUCUGUCCUCUGUGUGUGUCUCUGUCUCUGUCUCUGUGUGUGUCUCUGUCUCUGUGUGUGUCUCUGUCUCUGUCUCUGUGUGUGUCUCUGUCUCUGUCUCUGUGUGUGUCUCUGUCUCUGUGUGUGUCUCUGUCUCUGUCUCUGUGUGUGUCUCUGUCUCUGUCUCCGUGUGUGUCUCUGUCUCUGUCUCUGUGUGUGUCUCUGUCUCUGUGUGUGUCUCUGUCUCUGUGUGACGUGUGUGUCUCUGUGUGUGUCUCUGUCUCUGUGUGACGUGUGUGUCUCUGUCUCUGUCUCUGUGUGUGACUUGUGUAUGGACUCCAGUAUUUCCUGCCUGAAACUGCUUUGCUUUCUAUUAGAUCUGUUCUCUAUAGAGACACAAAGGGCCAGCUAGUGAAGUUUCCAUGCCCAGCGAAGGGUACUGGGCUCCCUCCCUGCCUGAGCUUCCAGUGUUAAAAUACACAGAGCAGCCAUAGGCCCUCUAUUCUUAGGGUGUCAACAAAGAUUAGCUUACAUGUUGUUUUUGUCAUAGUCAUGCCUAUGUAAAAAUGCAAUUAGCUCUAUGUUUAAACUGUUGAUCAUAGUGGCUGUGUUGUUGCACAUUAACAUGACCACGUCACUGUGUACACCAAACUGAGGUCGUCCAUAUCUGGACUCUUUGUUCAACUGUUUAUUGUUCCACCGACCAUCUGCUUAUGAUUCCCCUCCUCCUCAGUCACUACCACCCCACUUUCACUUAUACAACCCCUACACAUACAGACACACACAGCCACAAACGCGCACGCACGCAUACACACACACGAGACCCUCACCAGACACACUCCACAGCCAAGUGAAAGGACCAGACUAUCUUCAGUGUCACUUAAUUUAUGUUCUCUCUCUCCCUCCUCUCGCUCUCUCUUUCGGUCUCUUUUGAUUUCUCUCUAUCUCUCUCCCUCCCCCCUCUUUCCCUCGUUCUCAGAGCCAUCGUGGAGAAGUAUCUCCUGGAGAAGUCUCGUCUGGUCUCCAGAGAGAAUAACGAGAGGUAAAGGGCAACAGCAGGGGUCAUAACCUUUGACCCCCAAUGACCUGUGGAGGCCCUCUGUACAAACAGAUGGAGCUUCCCCCGGGGUGCCUUUUGAUAGUCAGAGAGAGACAUGCCAUGUCCAAGGGUGAUUCUCAGACCUAGACACAGAGCUAACUUUCUACCCAGCCUGAAUAUGUGCCAAAGAGUUGUGAUCAAUAUGGGAGAUUAUACUUAUUUUUUUGAUGAAUACAUAUUUAAUUGAUAAUUUAUUUACCCGGGAUAAGCACUGUAGUCCUACUAUUUCUACUUCAAAUGCCCUGGGUGGGGUUGGCAUAGCCUGUACAUAGAAUUAACCAUUGGACUAUUAUUCAUGUUAUUACUCACUAGGUAUGUGUCAGAGAGUUCUAGUAUUAUAUGAUAAUGGACUAGUCCUGUUGUUACUCAUAUACCAACAUGUCUGUUGAAAUGAGCUUCUGUUUUCAUCAUGUCUGUCUGCCUGUGAUGUCUGUGAGAUUCUCAGAAGUAAACAUGAGAACUCAUAACGCCUGUGUGCUUCUGCAACAAUGCAAGCCGACCGGCCGUCUGAUAGCAAGACUGGAAAAACUGAUAGCAGCAUUCACGCUGAUUACUAAACUGGCACGUUAUAUACACAGAGUCAAUGUUGGGUCAGGGAAACUAAUACUACCACAGUGUUGACUUUUGAUUCUCUUUAUUCCAGCAUUUAAAAAAAACAUCACCUUUUAAAUAACUUAAUGAUUUAUUCACGCCAGUUAAAAAUACAUAACCUUCUGUCCACCAAAUAACAGAAGCAAACAAAUAAGAAACGCAAAAACCACAUUGUAUCCACUGACCAAGCACACCAAAGACAGCACGUGACGUUCCAUUGUUCUGUCCCCCUUCAGGAACUACCAUGUGUUUUACUAUCUGCUGGUGGGAGCGUCAGAGGAGGAGCGCAAGGAGUUCAAACUGCUGCAGCCUGAAGAUUACCUCUACCUCAAACAGGUACUGUGGACACACACACACACAGUUAAAAUGUCAAAUCUUAUAUGAUUUUGCUUGUAUAGUAUGUUUAUUUCCUCUAUCCUAAGCAGUAUAUGCCUAGUUACUGUACACUCCCCCUGCAAGAAAGAACCACAUCCCCAUUAGCUAGUCCCUUAGGUGCCCUUGACGGAUGUUCUGCUGUGUUCUCUUGUGUACAUUACCUUAAUUAUCUUCCUCUACCGGAUGCCCUUGACUACAUAUAUUUAGAAUACAUUCCCUUGUACCCUGAUUCUCAUUAUAUUCAUGGGUUGUGCGUGUCUUAAUAAUCUCUGUAUUUGAACUGGCUCAAGGUAACAUUCCCCGUCUGAUUCAGUGUUAGUAAAUCUGGUAUGCGGAGUCAUUGUCAUGCAGUGAAUGGCCUGCAUAUCAUUUUAUAUUUGACAUUUUAGUCAUUUAGCAGACGCUCUUAUCCAGAGCGACUUACAGUUAGUGAGUGCAUACAUUUUCAUACUGGCCCCCCGUGGGAAACGAACCCACAACCCUGGUGUUGCAAGCGCCAUGCUCUACCAACUGAGCUACACAGGGCUAUGCUCUGUUCUCUGCACAUAUGUGCACUGCAUGUUAAUGAACCAUUCUCUCUCUCUCUCUGUCUCUCUGUCUCUGUCUCUCUCUGUCUCUGUCUCUGUCUCUCUCUCGCUCUCUCUGUCUCUCUCUCGCUCUCUCUCUGUCUCUCUCUCGCUCUCUCUCUGUCUCUCUCUUUGUCUCUCUUGUUCUCCCCUUCCCCUCUCUCCCCAUUCUGUCUUCUCCCUCUUCCUCUUCCUCCACCUCUCCCUCUCUCUCUGCAGCAAAACUUUAAGAUAGAAGAUGAGGAAGACCUGCAUCAUGACUUUGAGAGGCUGCAGCAGGCCAUGGAGAUGGUGGGCUUCCUGUCUGCCACUAAGAAACAGUGAGUGAACAUGCCCUGGUCAUGGGCCGUAAAUCUACACCACUAGAGUUAAUGUCUAUCCCUUACACACCAUUCGAUCCCUUAAAUGGCUGCCUAUACGUUAGUCAAAUACAGUAGGUCAUAUAGAUUUGCAUACUGUAGUCAGUUGUAUUACUUGGAACCUCUACAAGCACUGCCAUUAAACCCUUUCCUCUGAGGUAGUAGUCACAGUAGUUGGCAGUGAUGUGUCGAAACAAUGGAAAUAGAAUGUCUCUUCUAUUCAUUUGGAUUAUAUGGUAUGAUGAUUAUAUCCCUCGUCUGUACACUGUAGGAUCUUCUCUGUGCUGUCGGCCAUCUUGUACCUGGGCAACGUGACUUACAUGAGGAAAUCUACAGGCCGAGACGAGGGGCUGGACGUGGGACCCCCGGAGGUCCUGGCUACCCUCUCAGACCUGCUCAAGGUAAUAACGUCUGGUCUGCUGUUGUAGUCUACACCCCAAUCAACCAAUAGUCUUUACUCUGGGUCCUGGAGGGACCAAGUACUUUUGUCCCGACCAUAUACUAACACUUCUGAUUCAGCUAAUGAAGGUCUUUAUGAUGAGCUGAAUCAGGGCCUGCAUUCACAAAGCAUCUCAGUCAGGGUUGGAAUGCUGAUCUACGAUCAGGUCCCUCUGUCUUAUUCAUUAUGAUCUAAAAGGAAAAACUGAUCCUAGAUCAGCACUCCUACUCUGAAACACUUUGAGAAAAACGGGCCUAGGAUUAUUAGUGGUCCACUCAGACAAAGGUAUUUGAGGUUGAAAGCAUUACAAUAACCUAAACAUGUGGCUAGGUAUCUGUUUCAUCAUAACUAACAUCCCAAACAGUGAAUGUAUUUUAUUAUUGUCCAGUGAAGAUGGUUCCUCCCUAAUGAUUAUACAGGAAGCCUACUCUCCACUAAAUCAAAGUAUUUUAUUGUCCGUCCCCAGUAAUGUCGCAGGCCUUGAGAAUUGUGUGUGUGUAUGUAACCUCCCAGGUGAAAGAGGAGUUGCUAGUGGAGGCGCUGACUAAGAGGAAAACGGUGACAGUCAAUGACAAGCUGAUUCUGCCCUACAGCCACAGUGAGGUAGGCAACCAUCCACCGGUCUUCAAGGCCUAUCAUUAUCUUAAUGGGGUUAUUCCCCAGGCUAGUUGUGUGUCACGUGGCGGUCUCGUCUAUUUCCCUGUGUCUGUCUGUCUUCUCCGUCUGUGUCUGUCUUCUCCGUCUGUGUCUGUCUUCUCCGUCUGUGUCUGUCUUCUCCGUCUGUGUCUGUCUUCUCCGUCUGUGUCUGUCUUCUCCGUAUGUCUGUCUUCUCAGUUUUGUCUUCUCCGUCUGUGUCUGUCUUCUCCGUCUGUGUCUGUCUUCUCCGUCUGUCUGUCUUCUCUGUCUGUCUUCUCCAUCUGUGUCUGUCUGUCUGUCUUUGUCUGUCUUCUCCGUCUGUCUGUCUUUGUCUGUCUGUCUGUCUGUCUGUCUGUCUGUCUUCUCUGUCUGUCUGUCUUCUCCCUCUGUCUGUUUCUUCUGUCUGUCUUCCCAUUCGCUCCUAAUCUCUCUCUGUCUUUCUCUGUCUCGCUCUAUCUAUCUCUCUCUAUCUAUCUCUCUCUGUCUCGCUCUAUUUAUCUCUCUCUGUCUCUCUCUCUGUCUCGCUCUAUCUAUCUCUCUCUGUCUCUCUCUCUGUCUCGCUCUAUCUAUCUCUCUCUGUCUCUCUCUCUGUCUCGCUCUAUCUAUCUCUCUCUGUCUCGCUCUAUCUAUCUCUCUCUGUCUCUCUCUCUGUCUCGCUCUAUCUCUCUCUGUCUCUCUCUCUCUGUCUCUCUCUGUCUCUCUCUCUGUCUCGCUCUAUCUAUCUCUCUCUGUCCGUCUCUCUGUCCGUCUCUCUGUCUGUCAGGCCAUCACAGCGAGAGACUCCAUGGCCAAGUCUCUGUACAGCGCCCUGUUUGACUGGAUUGUCCUGCGCAUCAAUCACGCACUGCUCAACAAGAAAGACAUGGAGGAAUCUGUCCCGGUAAGAGAGAGAGAACAUGCAUGCACUUAGGAAUGCAGCUGAGAGUUUCCCCUCUCCAAUGUUUCGUCAGGGCCAGACAUGUCGGAAAUUCCUAAGGCCCCAGAAAUAACUUGAAGUAAAACAUAUCUUAUUAAGCAAUGAAUUUAUUCAACAAUUUUCAAAAAAAAUACCUUGCCAAAGCUCUAGUAUGAUACAAGUGACAUUGUGAAGCCAUUAACAACGUAUCUUUAUUUCUGACUGACCUACUGUAUGAUUUGGUCUGUGCCAGUGUUUGUCUAUAGGGGUCCUAGAUAUAUUUGGCUUUGAGGACUUUGAGACCAACAGCUUUGAGCAGUUUUGCAUCAACUAUGCCAACGAGCAGCUUCAGUAUUACUUCAACCAGCAUAUCUUCAAACUGGAGCAGGUGAGUUCGUCCUGGGUGCCUCUCAUAGAAAUACACUAUAUAUAAAAAAGUCUGUGAACACCCCUUCAAAUUAGGGGAUUCGGCUAUUUCAGCCACACCCAUUGCUGACAGGUGUAUACAAUCGAGCACACAGCCAUGCAAUCUCCAUAGACAAACAUUGGUGGUAGAAUGGCCGUACUGAAGAGCUCAGUGACUUUCAACGUGGCACCGUCAUAAGGAUGCCACCUUUUCAACAAGUUAGUUCGCCAAAUUUCUGCCCUGCUAAAGCUGCCCCAGUCAACUGUAAGUGCUGUUAUUGUGAAAUGGAAACGUCUAGGAGCAACAACGGCUCAGCCUCGAAGUGGUAGGCCACACAAGCUCACAGAACGGGACCGCCGAGUGUUGAAGCACGUAGCGCGUAAAAAUCGUCUGUCCUCGGUUGCAACACUCACUACCGAUUUCCAAACUGCCUCUGGAAGCAACGUCAGCACAAUAACUGUUCGUCGGGAGCUUCAUGAAAUGGGGUUCCAUGGCCGAGCAGCCGCACACAAGCCUAAGAUCACCAUGAGCAAUGCCAAGCAUCGGCUGGAGUGGUGUAAAACUCGCCACACUUGGACUGGAGCAGUGGAAACGCGUUCUCUGGAGUGAUGAAUCACACUUCACCAUCUGGAGGAUAAAUAAUGGUCUGGGGCUGUUUACCAUGGUUCGGAUUCCUUAGUUCCAGUGAAGGGGAAACACUACAGCAUACAAUGACAUUAUAGACGAUUCUGUGCUUUGAACUUUGUGGCAACAGUUUGGGGAAGGCCCUUUCCUGUUUCAGCAUGACAAUGCCCCGGUGCACAAAGCGAGGUCCAUACAGAAAUGUUUUGUCAAGAUCGGUGUGGAAGAACUUGACUGGCCUGCACAGAGCCCUGACCUCAACCCCAUCGAACACCUUUGGGUUGAAUUGGAAUGCCGACUGCGAGCCAGGCCUAAUCGCCCAACGUCAGUGCCUGACCUCACUAAUGCUCUUGUGGCUGAAUGGAAGCAAGUCCCCGCAGCAAUGUUCCAACAUCUACUGGAAAGCCUUCCCAGAAGAGUGGAGGCUGUUAUAGCAGCAAAGGGGGGACCAACACCAUAUUAAUUCUCAUGAUUUUGGAAUGGGAUGUUUGACAAGCAGCUGUCCACAUACUUUUGGUUAUGUAGUGUAGAUUCUAUGUCAUUAUUUUUCUAUGGUGCCUCUCCAUAAGGACAGUAUAACAGCCCUGAUCAAUCCUAUGUCUUCCCUAACUGUAAGUCUGUUAUUGGUCCAUUGCAGGAGGAGUACCAGGCGGAGGGCAUCACCUGGCACAACAUAGACUACACAGACAACGUGGGCUGCAUCCACCUCAUCAGCAAGAAGCCCACUGGUCUCCUGUACCUACUGGACGAGGAGAGCAAGUAAGGACUUCAAGUCUUUAAAAGAGAUGGUACACUUACAUUCCAGAAUUUUUUUUUAAUCUACUGGCCAGGAGUGACUGCAACCUUAACAUAGUGUUCAUUACUUUGCUAUGAGCGACAGUACAUUCACAUGUUAGAUGAGAUGCAGGUUUGUGUGGUGUAUCUAUCACUUCAUUCUCUUCCCCCCUUCACUCACUUUCUCUCUCCUUCUCUCCCUCUCUCCAGUUUCCCCCAUGCCACUGAUGAGACCCUGCUGGCCAAGUUCAAGCAGCAGCACCAGGGGAAGAAGUACUUUGUGCCCACGCCUGUCAUGGAACCUGCCUUCGUCAUCCGACACUUCGCUGGGAAGGUCAAGUACCAGAUCAAGGUAGGGAUGGAUGAACACCCACCAACACAGUCACAGACUCCUUGUUUACUAUCAUGUAAUGUCUAGGGGGUUGAGGGAGGUUUUUUGUAUUUGUGUAACUGUUCACUGUUAUUGACAGCAUCAAUAUUAUUGUUCAGAACAUUAUUACUAAUUGAUGACAAAGCUUCCACUAUGAAUGUCCUCCUGUGUCAGACUGAUUACAAACAGCGUCUUAGUGGCGACUCUAAAACGGCCUCAACAUGCUAACCCUCUCCUAUGACUUUUCUUGGCAGGACUUCCGGGAGAAGAACACGGACCACAUGCGUCCGGACAUCGUGGCUCUGCUGCGCAGCAGUGACCGGGCCUACGUGCGUCAGCUGAUUGGGAUGGAUCCGGUGGCCAUGUUCCGCUGGGGCAUCCUGCGAGCCACCAUCAGAGGCAUGGCUGCCUUCAACGAAGCUGGACGCCGCUUGGCUGCCAAGACCGCAGGUAGAAGAUAUACACCUGGCACUGUAGAACAGUGGGAAGAUGAAUAGAUAGAUAUACAACAGACAUAGUACACAACUGGCACAGUGUAUAGCUGACAGAGUAUUGACAAAGAUGUUUGCUACUCAGAAAUUAGGUGCACAGGGCUUUGGGAGAAACGGUAGCCUUGAAUUUUCAGGGUUUUUCUGUAAGCCUCAAUCCGCCAGACUAUUUGUGUUGUGUUGACUAGAUGAGAAAAGUGGUCCGUUAAAUUAAAUCAAGGAAAUAGGAGCGGCAGGUAGCUUAGUGGUUAAGAGCGUUGUACCAGUAACCGAAAGGUCGCUGGUUCUAAUCCCCGAGCCGACUAGGUGAAAAGUCUGUCGAUGUGCCCUUGAGCAAGGCACUUAACCCUAAUUGCUCCUGUAGUCGCUCUGGAUAAGAGCGUCUGCUAAAUGACUAAAAUGUAAAAUGUAAAAGAAAUACAAAACAGGGAAUUGGCCUCUGAAAUAACUGGAUUUUGCUGUUUAUUUCUUUGACAAGCAGUAGACAUGGGGACCAGUCUUCUGUCCUCGUAGAGCCUUUAGGCAUCUUAUCUAAUGAUAUGUUAUGUGUGUCUGUGAUCUUGUCUGUGUGUGGGUGCCUGUCUGUGUGUGUUCAACAGGUGUGCAGCGCCCCACUUCCAGGACUCCUUUGGGGGAGCUGCAGAGGUCCAACACACCUGUAGAGAGGAUGUACAGGUAAGACCCAGAUCCACCACACAGACCUCUGACUGAGGGACACGCAGGGAAGAAGGUAAACUACAUUUGUCUCAAUAUCCACACUUCCAUACCACUUAAGAAGUGAUGUACAUUGAGGGGAAAAAAGUAUUUGAUCCCCUGCUGAUUUUGUACGUUUGCCCACUGACAAAGACAUGAUCAGUCUAUAAUUUUAAUGGUAGGUUUAUUUUAACAGUGAGAGACAGAAUAACAACAACAAAAUCCAGAAAACACAUGUCAAAAAUGUUAUAAAUUGAUUUGCAUUUUAAUGAGGGAAAUAAGUAUUUGACCCCUCUGCAAAACAUAACUUAGUACUUGGUGGCAAAACCCUUGUUGGCAAUCACAGAGGUCAGACGUUUCUUGUAGUUGUCUACCAGGUUUGCACACAUCUCAGGAGGGAUUUUGUCCCACUCCUCUUUGCAGAUCUUCUCCAAGUCAUUAAGGUUUCGAGCCUGACGUUUGGCAACUCGAACCUUCAGCUCCCUCCACAGAUUUUCUAUGGGAUUAAGGUCUGGAGACUGGCUAUGCCACUCCAGGACCUUAAUGUGCUUCUUCUUGAGCAACUCCUUUGUUGACUUGGCCAUGUGUUUUGGGUCAUUGUCAUGCUGGAAUACCCAUCCACGACCCAUUUUCAAUGCCCUGGCUGAGGGAAGGAGGUUCUCACCCAAGAUUUGACGGUACAUGGCCCCGUCCAUCAUCCCUUUGAUGCGGUGAAGUUGUCCUGUCCCCUUAGCAGAAAAACACCCCCAAAGCAUAAUGAUUCCACCUCCAUGUUUGACGGUGUUCUUGGGGUCAUAGGCAGCAUUCCUCCUCCUCCAAACACAGCGAGUUGAGUUGAUGCCAAAGAGCUCAAUUUUGGUCUCAUCUAACCACAACACUUUCACCCAGUUCUCCUCUGAAUCAUUCAGAUGUUCAUUGGCAAACUUCAGACAGGCUUGUAUAUGUGCUUUCUUGAGCAGGGGGACCUUGCGGGCGCUGCAGGAUUUCAGUCCUUCACGGCGUAGUGUGUUACCAAUUGUUUUCUUGGUGACUGGUCCCAGCUGCCUUGAGAUCAUUGACAAGAUCCUCCUAUGUAGUUCUGGGCUGAUUCCUCACCGUUCUCAUGAUCAUUGCAACUCCACGAGAUGAGAUCUUGCAUGGAGCCCCAGGCCGAGGGAGAUUGACAGUUAUUUUGUGUUUCUUCCAUUUGCGAAUAAUGGCACCAACUGUUGUCACCUUCUCACCAAGCUGCUUGGCGAUGGUCUUGUAGCCCAUUCCAGCCUUGUGUAAGUCUACAAUCUUGUCCCUGACAUCCUUGGAGAGCUCUUUGGUCUUGGCCAUGGUGGAGAGUUUGGAAUCUGAUUGAUUGAUUGCUUCUGUGGACAGGUGUCUUUUAUACAGGUAACAAGCUGAGAUUAGGUGCACUCCCUUUAAGAGUGUGCUCCUAAUCUCAGCUCGUUACCUGUAUAAAAGACACCUGGGAGCCAGAAAUCUUUCUGAUUGAGAGGGGGUGAAAUACUUAUUUCCCUCAUUAAAAUGCAAAUCAAUUUAUAACAUUUUUGACAUGCGGUUUUCUGGAUUCUUUUGUUGUUAUUCUGUCUCUCACUGUUCAAAUAAACCUACCAUUAAAAUUAUAGACUGAUCAUUUCUUUGUCAGUGGGCGAACGUACAAAAUCAGCAGGGGAUCAAAUACUUUUUUCCCUCACUGUAUUGGCCAUGCAUUGGGCCCUCUGUUUUAUUUUCCUGGUCAGGUCAAGCGGGCAGGAAUAACUCCUGGCCCUAGCCAUGCAUACUAGAUAGUAUGUUAGUGUGGAUAUUGAGACAUAUUCUGGGAGCGUAUUCCUCUCCUCCACUGUUGUUUUGGGUGUGAUGUCUUGUGUUUGACAGAUGGGUCUCUCUGUCCGCUGAGGCACACUGCAGGUAGGCAGGUAUUCACAGUGAUUACAAUCUACCCGAGCACCUGUGGAGCUAAGGCCCAAGGACAAUUUUUCUAUCUUCCAUCAGAAAUCCACUUUAAAUGCACAACCCUACUAACUUGAUCCAAGACAAAGUCAUCUAAUUAAUCUUUACUAUAAAGAUGGAAGAUUGUAUUUAGGAUUAACCAGAAUAAUUGAAAUCACUUUGCCUUAUUGGGGCUCCUCACGGAGAACACGUUGUGGAUUGGAUAAUCAGUCAAUCAGUCAAAUUGUAUUUGUAUAGGUCUUUUAAGAAAUCCAUUUGUUUCAAAGAUGACAAAUUACAGGGUGAGCAUCCGUACUGUGGACUUAUCCAGUGUCCCUGCGCCUAGGAUGACAUGAAGAAGAAUCAGACAGUAAUAUCAUAAAAUCACAAGAUUCUUCUGGAAGUGUAUCCGUACUGAGAGACACAUGGAACUCCCCCUAGGCCUCCAGUAAAUGGAACUGAAUGAAACUAUUGAAACAGUUGGCUUGUGUGCUUCCUGGUCUCUUGUAUGACAUCAGCUCAGUCAAAUCCGUAGAAAUAGAAUGAUAUGUUUCUCUAUGGUGGAAUGAAUCCUCCUUCAUCUCAUCCUGGCCUUUGCGUUGGAUCCCUGCCCCUGGGUGACCCUGUGUGCCGUUCUCUCCCCUCCACAGACGGCUGCUCGAUUUCUACUUUGAUCACUCUGAUGAGCGCCCACUAGAGGCCUUCGAAGACAUCUUCGCUAGCUGGUUUUUGCCCUAGCACUACACAGCUGAUUCAAAUAAUCAAAGCUUGAUGAUUGGUUGGUAAUUUGAGUCAGCUGUGAAGUGCUAGGGCAAAAACCAGGACCGAUUUUGGGAAACCCUGGUUUAUUUCAUGAAGGUUUUGCAGCAGGCAUAUAUUUAUUUAGUUUGGAAAGGAAAGCAGCCAGACUACAGAAAUAAACUUCAUGGAAACAUCAAACACUGCAAACAUUUUCCUUUCUAAUCAUCAACAGGCUGCAUCUUGUUCUUAUCUGUUUCCCCUUUCUCUCUAUUUCCCCCCACCGUUCUCGCUCUCUGUUUCUCUCUCUCUCCCUCUCUCCGCCACGGUAAUCUGUCUCUUCAUCCAGGUUUAUUAUGGUUAGUGUAGAACACUGAAAGGUGUUAGAGCUUCCCUGCUCUGAUAAUCUACUAAUUACUGGGAGGAAACUGGAAAGGCUUUGCACACUAAUAUAUGAUAGUACAGCGUUAAGAACACUAAUAAACAGUAGUAGUAAAGUUUGGUACAUGAAUCAGGUCAGGGAAGUGCUAUACAGCUCAUGUCCUGGAGUAGUUGUGAUGAAAUAGGGUAUGUAAUAAACAAUUUCCUAUGAAGAAAGUUUUAGGAAAAAAUAAUUGUAGUGUCUAAAUGGACCAGAAUCCCCUGUUUUAAUAUGAGCAUUCUCAGAGAGGAACUGGGCAGUAAAACACCACCCCAUCACCUUCCUUAGGCCCUACCCCUUAUGUGUUUUAUAGAUCUGAUAGGUGUAACCAAUAUGGGGAUAGCUCCACCUAGGCUUUCGAUAAGCUUAGGGGAGGUUCCUCCAUUAUGCUUCCACCUAUCUGGUUCCUUCAGACCUGAAAAUACUGAAGAGGUCAGGGCUUUUAGGGGCUGUUCUUGGACUGGGCUAGUUUGUCUAUGGUACCUUUACUUACGGCCCAUCCCUUCCUGCCUGACCUCCUUUGGUUUAUUAAUCAGAGUGGUAAGUACAGUAUUAUAAACUGUAUGGUUCGAGCACUGAAUGCUGAUUGGCUGACAGCCGUGGUAUAUCAGACUGUGUACCACAGGUAUGACAAAACAUUUAUUUGUACUGCUCUAAUUACGUUGGUAACCAGUUUAUAAUAGCAUUAAGGCACCUCAGGGGUUUGUGAUAUAUGGCCAAUAUGCCCUCUUAACAACAGUCUCCCCUGUUCUCCACCAGUAUAACACCAGUCCAAUGACCAAUCCUAGUCUGCAGCAGAGUAACAACAGCAUGGAGAAGAUACAUCAACCAGUGAAGCUUUGAUUCAGGAAUGCAUGCUCACAGUACUUACUUACAGGAGUAUGGUGUGAGAGAACACAACCUCUCUGUCUCUCUACACUCUCUGCUUUAGCCAUGGCUGGGUGGUCUUUGGUAUUUUAUUAGGAUCCCUAUUAGCUGUUGCAAAAGCAGCAGCUACUCUUCCUGGGGUCCACACAAAACCUGAAACAUGACAUAAUACAGAACAUUAAUAGACAAGAACACCUCAAGGACAGAACUACAUACAUGUUUUUUUUUAAAGGCACACGUAGCCUACAUAUCAAUACAUACACACAAAGGUAUCUAGGUCAAAUAGGGGCGAAGCGUUGUGCCGUGAGGUGUUGCUUUAUCUGUUUUUUGAAACCAGGUUUGCUGUUUAUUUGAGCUAUAUGAGAUGGAACGGAGUUCCAUGCAAUAAUGGCUCUAUAUAAUACUGUACGCUUUCUUGAAUUUGUUCUGGAUUUGGGGACUGUGAAAAGACCCCAGGUGGCAUGUCUGGUGGGGUAAGUGUGUGUGUGUGUCAGAGCUGUGUGUAUGUUGACUAUGCAAACAAUUUGGGAUUUUCAAUACAUUAAUGUUUCUUAUAAAAUGAAGAAGUGAUGCAGUCAGUCUCUCCUCAACUCUUAGCCAAGAGAGACUGGCAUGCAUAGUAUUUAUAUCAGCCCUCUGAUUACAAUGAAGAGCAAGAUGUGCCGCUCUGUUUUGGGCCAGUUGCAGCUUAACUAGGUAUUUCCUUGCAGCACUGGACCACACGACUGGACAAUAAUCAAGAUUAGACAAAACUAGAGCCUGCAGAACUUCCUUUUUUUUGAGUGUGGUGUCAAAAAAGCAGAGCAUCUCUUUAUUACGGACAGACCUCUCUCCAUCUUUACAACCAUUGAAUCUAUAUGUUUUGACCAUGAUAGUUUACUAUCUAAGGGAACGCCAAGUAAUUUGGUCUCCUCAACUUGUUCAACAGCCACACCAUUCAUUCAUUCAGAACUUAGGGAAUGAUUUGUACCAAAUACAAUGCUCUUAGUUUUAGAGAUGUUCAGGACCAGUUUAUUAGUGGCCACCCAUUCCAAAACAGACUGCAACUCUUUGUUAAGGGUUUCGGUGACUUCAUUAGCUGUGGUUGCUGAUGCGUAUAUGGUUGAAUCAUCAGCAUACAUGGACACACGUGCUUUGUUUAAUGCCAGUGGCAGGUCAUUGGUAAAAAUAGAAAAGAGUAGAGGGCCUAGAGAGCUGCCCUGUGGUACACCACACUUUACAUGUUUGACAUUAGAGAAGAAGCUUCCAUUAAAGAAAACUAUUUUAGUUCUAUUAGAUAGAUAGCUCUGAAUCCACGAUAUGGCAGAGGUUGAAAAGCCAUAACACGUACGUUUUUUUCAACAACAGGUUAUGGUCAAUAAUAUCAAAGGCUGCACUGAAAUCUAACAGUACAGCUCCCACGAUCUUCUUAUUAUCCAUUUCUUUCAUCCAAUCAUCAGUCAUUUGUGUCAGUGCAGUACAUGUUGAGUGCCCUUCCCUAUAAGCAUGUUGAAAGUCUGUUGUUCAUUUGUUUACAGAGAAGUAGCAUUGUAUUUGGUCAAACACAAUUUUUUCCAACAGUUUGCUAAGAGCUGGCAGCAAGCUUAUAGGUCUACUGUUAGAACCAGUAAAGGCCGCUUUACCAUUCUUGGGUAGCGGAAUUACUUUGGUUUCCCUCCAGGCCUGAGGACAAAGACUUUCCUCUAGGCUCAGAUUAAAGAUAUGACAGAUAGGAGUGGCUAUAGAGUCAGCUACCAUCCUCAGUAGCUUUCCAUCUAAGUUGUCAAUGCCAGGAGGUUUGUCAUUAUUGAUCGAUAACAAUUAUUUUUCCAUCAAUCCCACACUAACUUUAUAAAAUUCAAACUUGCAAUGCUUUUCUUUCAUUAUUUGUUUUUUUUAUGCAUGAAUACGAUGGCUCACUGUUCAUUGUUGGCAUUUCCUGCCUAAGUUUGCCCACUUAGCCAAUGAAGUAAUCAUUAAAAAUAAUUGCCAACAUCAAAUGAAUUGAAUUGAAUUUGUCUUUCUACCCAUAAUUUCAUUUAAAGUACUCCAAAGUUUUUUUCUCCAUCAUUCUUUAUAUCAUUGAUCUUGGCUUCAUAAUACAGUUUUUUCUUCUUUUUGUUGAGUUUAGUCACAUAAUUUCUCAAUUUGCAGUAAGUCAACCAGUCAGAUGUGCAGCCAGACUUAUUAGCCACUCCUUUUGCCCCAUCUCUUUCAACCAUACAGUUUUUCAAUUACUCAUCAAUCCAUGGAGCCUUAACAGUUCUAACAGUCAGUUUCCUAACAGGUGCAUGUUUAUCAAUAAUUGGAAGAAGCAAUUUCAUAAAUUCAUCAAGUGCAGCAUCUGGAUGCUCCUAAUUAAUCACAUCAGACCAACACUUUUGUUUUUACAUCAUCCACAUAUGAGUCACAGCAAAAUCUUUUGUAUGAUCUCUUAUACAUUAUUUUAGGCCCAGCUGUUGGAACUUUGGCUUUCCUGGAUAUAGCCACUAUAUUGUGAUCACUGCAUCCAAUGGGUACGGAUACAGCUUUAGAACAAAGUUCUACAGUAUUAGUAAAAAUGUGAUCAAUACAUGUGGAUGAUCUUGUUCCUGUAGUGUUUGUAAACACCCUGGUAGGUUGAUUAAUAACCUGAACCAGAUUACAGUAAGAAGCUUCCUCUUGAGCAGACAGCUUGAUGAAAACCAGUCAAUAUUCAGGUCCCCAAGAAAGUAGACCUCUCUGUUUACAUCACAUACACUAUCAAGUAUUUCACACAUAUUAUUUAAAUACUGACUGUUCAGACUUGUUGGCCUAUAGCAACACCCCAAAAGAAAAGGCUUUAGAUGUGGCAAGUGAACCUGCAACCACAACACUUCAAUAACACUUGACAUAAGAUCUUCUCUAAGCAUUACAGGGAUAUGGCUCUGAAUAUAUACAGCAACACCUCCCCCAUAAGCAUUUCUGUCUCUUCUAUAGAUGUUAUAUUAUUGUAUUGCUACUGCUGUAUCAUCAAAUGAAUUAUCUAAGUGAGUCUCAGAAAUGGCUAAUAUAUGAAUGUUAUCUGAUGUUAGCAAGUUAUUGAUUUCAUGAACCUUAUUUCUAAGGCUACAUUUAUUAAUAAGGGCUAUUUUCAGCCCUUUCCUGGGUAGCUUAUCAGAGAUAGACAUAAUACUGGAAAGAGCAAACAAAGCAAGAGAAAAAUAUAUACAUUCAGCAGUCCAUUAAUCAAUUGGUGUGUGUGUGUGUGCGUGCAGCAGGUCGUCUGAACUGAAGCAGCAUUAAACACCAGUUUUACAUGAUCUCAACCGAUCUGUUGGUGUGUUUCUCUUGGGAAGCUUGCUCUUUGGUGGUGGGGUGUUUUUCUGUCUUUCGAGGUGUCCUGACAGCGGUGUUUCUAUCCCCCCUCCCUCUGUCCUCCCCUUAUGCCCUGUGCCCAACACCCCUUCCCCUCUCCUCCCCCUGUCUCUUACCCUCCAUCCUCCUCACCCACUGUGGCCCUUGCUGGGUUGAUUCAGGGACAUGCAUGCCCAGAUAAUCAGCUCCAUUAAGGACUUGCAGCUGGACGGUGAGGACCCUCGCAAGCUGCUGCAGUCCUGGGGUCGCCUGCGGUUCCCUCGACACCUCCUUCAGUGAGUCUGUAGCCCCUUCAGCCCAGCCCAGCUUGUCCUAGCAAGGUCUAACCCAGCUUUAACAGUGCUCAACCUCAGUCCUCCUGGGGGCUGGGGCAUCCCAUUGGUUGCAAAUCUUUGUUCCAGACCAGCACUAGGACACCUGAUUUGACUAAGAACAAAUAAAUACUAGUCCAAAACGGCAACAGAAUUAUGUAUUCAGCUAGAAGACACAAUUCCUCAUCUCAUAUGGUUGUUAAAACUCUCAACACGUGACAGACAGUUUAAGACACAGGCUGGGUAAUUGGCUGUUUUGAGACCAAACCUCAUGAAAAACAUGAAUCCUAGUUAUUUGCAGAAGGCUACCCAACAACACUAGGCUGCUCGUGAUAGUGGACUGCAAGGCCCAUAGAGACUGGGUUCCAAUGUGAUGUUGAUUAGCAUGAGGCUGAUGCUGUAAUGCAGCGAGGCUGUUGCCCAUAUGGGCUAUAAUGGAGAUACAGAGGCCUUGAUGAAAGCUGAGGAUGCGAUGAUGGCCUCAAUAGCACAGCUGCUGCAUGAACAAACAUUAAUCACAUGAAUGCAUUGGCUUCUAGAUGAAACUGUAAGAAUGUGAAAUCUGAAAGAACCCAAACGUUUGUUAGAAAUCAUAGCUUGUUUUAACUUAUAUAGAACUAUGGUUGUUGGGUAUAACAUAUGCAAGUAUUUAACACACAGUGAAGAAACAAAACGAAAGCAUUCGGUUGAUUCUUCCUCGAAACGUGUGCUGUGUUGACCACACAAUUUACACACUGUCAAGCAAAUUUUGUCACACAAGCAGUACCAGUCAAAAGUUUGGACACACCAACUCAUUCAAGGGUUUUUCUUUAUUUUAACUAUUUUUGACAUUGUAGAAUAAUAGUUUAGACAUCAAAACUAUGAAAUAACACAUAUGGAAUCAUGUAGUAACCAAAAAGGUGUUAAACAAAUCAAAAUAUAUUUUAUAUUUGAGAUUCUUCAAAGUAGCCACCCUUUGCCUUGAUGACAGCUUUGCCACACUCUUGGCAUUCUCUCAACCAGCUUCACAUGGAAUGCUUUUCCUACAGUCUUGAAGGAGUUCCCACAUAUGCUGAGCACUUGUUGGCUGCUUUUCCUUCACUCUGCGGUCCAACUCAUCCCAAACCAUCUCAAUUGGGUUGAGGUCGGGGGAUUGUGGAGGCCAGGUCAUCUGAUGCAGAACUCCAUCACUCUCCUUCUUGGUCAAAUAGCCCUUACACAGCCUGGAGGUGUGUUGGGUCAUUGUCCUGUUGAAAAAUAAAUGAUUGUCCCACUAAGCCCAAACCAGAUGGGAUGGCCUAUCGCUGCAGAUUGCUGUGGUAGCCAUGCUGGUUAAGUGUGCCUUGAAUUCUAAAUAAAUCGCAGACAGUGUCACCAGCAAAGCACCCCUACACCAUCACACCACCUCCUCCGUGCUUCGUGGUGGGAACUACAUAUGCAGAGAUAAUCCGUUCACCUACACUGCGUCUCACAAAGACACAGCGGUUGGAACCAAAAAUCUCAAAUUUUGACUCCAGACCAAAGCACAGAUUUCCACCGGUCUAAUGUCCAUUGCUGGUGUUUCUUGGCCCAAGCAAGUGUCAUCUUCUUAUUGGUGUCCUUUAGUAGUGGUUUCUUUGCAGCAAUUCGACCAUGAACACCUGAUUCACGCAGUCUCCUCUGAACAGUUGAUGUUGAGAUGUGUAUUUUACUUGAACUCUGUGAAGCAUUUAUUUGGGCUGCAAUUUCUGAGGCUGGUAACUCUAAUGAACUAAUCCUUUGCAGCAGCGGUAACUCUGGGUCUUCCUUUCCUGUGGCGGUCCUCAUGAGAGCCAGUUUCAUCAUAGAGCUUGAUGUUUUUUGUGACUGCACUUGAAGAAACAUUCAAACUUCUUGAAAUGUUCUGGAUUGACUGACCUUCAUGUCUUAAAGUAAUGAUGGACUGUCGUUUCUCUUUGAUUAUUUGAGCUGUUCUUGCCAUAAUAUGGACUUGUCACAACACAACUGAUUGGCUCAAACGCAUUAAGAAGGAAAGAAAUUCCACAAAUUAACUUUUAACAAGGCACACCUGUUAAUUGAAAUGCGUUCCAGGUGACUACCUCAUGAAGCUGGUUGAGAGAAUGCCAAUAGUGUGCAAAGCUGUCAUCAAGGCAAAGGUGGCUAUUUUGAAGAAUCUCAAAUAUAAAAUAUAUUUUUAUUUGUUUAACACUUUUUUGGUUACUGCAUGAUUCCAUGUGUGUUAUUUCAUAGUUUUGAUGUCUUCACUAUUAUUCUACAAUGUAAAAAAUAGUAAAAAUUAAGUAAAUAACCCUGGAAUGAGUAGGUGUGUCCAAACUUUUGACUGGUACUGUAGUAACAGUUCCACUAUAAACCCAAGGCUGAUAUGAUGAAAACAAGAUAGCUGGGAGAACAGGUCUCCUACUCCUAUAGGCCCUAUGGGUCUCAGCCAGGCUGUCUGAUUGGUUGGCUGGAUUCCCCCGUCCGUCUGUCCGUCAUCCCACCCAUACUCCAGGUGCAAGCCCUCAUGCCUCAUACUGACUGAGAAUGACUCACCAUACUAACAACACGGCUCCCCCCCCCCCCCCGCUCACCCCUAGACCUCCUCAGUGACAUCUCUGUGCUUAGCACGUCUCACUAACCUCUCCCUCUCCCACAGGAAAAACAAGAAUGCCAAGCAGAAACAGAUCAUACCUAAGGUAAACUUACAGUUUCAUACAAUGAGGGAAAAAAGUAUUUGAUCCCCUGCUGAUUUUGUACGUUUGCCCACUGACAAAGAAAUGAUCAGUUUAUAAUUUUAAUGGUAGGUUUAUUUGAACAUCCAGAAAAACGCAUGUCAAAAAUGUUAUAAAUUGAUUUGCAUUUUAAUGAGGGAAAUAAGUAUUUGACCCCCUCUCAAUCAGAAAGAUUUCUGGCUCCCAGGUGUCUUUUAUACAGGUAACGAGCUGAGAUUAGGAGCACACUCUUAAACGGAGUGCUCCUAAUCUCAGCUUGUUACCUGUAUAAAAGACACCUGUCCACAAAAGCAAUCAAUCAAUCAGAUUCCAAACUCUCCACCAUGGCCAAGACCAAAGAGCUCUCCAACAAUGUCAGGGACAAGAUUGUAGACCUACACAAGGCUGGAAUGGGCUACAAGACCAUCGCCAAGCAGCUUGGUGAGAAGGUGACAACAGUUGGUGCGAUUAUUGGCAAAUGGAAGAAACACAAAAUAACUGUUAAUCUCCCUCGGCCUGGGGCUCCAUGCAAGAUCUCACUUCGUGGAGUUGCAAUGAUCAUGAGAACGGUGAGGAAUCAGCCCAGAACUACACGGGAGGAUCUUGUCAAUGAUCUCAAGGCAGCUGGGACCAUAGUCACCAAGAAAACAAUUGGUAACAGACUACACUGUGAAGGACUGAAAUCCUGCAGCGCCCGCAAGGUCCCCCUGCUCAAGAAAGCACAUAUACAUGCCCGUCUGAAGUUUGCCAAUGAACAUCUGAAUGAUUCAGAGGAGAACUGGGUGAAAGUGUUGUGGUCAGAUGAGACCAAAAUGGAGGUCUUUGGCAUCAACUCAACUCGCCAUGUUUGGAAGAGGAUGAAUGCUGCCUAUGACCCCAAGAACACCAUCCCCACCGUCAAACAUGGAGGUGGAAACAUUAUGCUUUGGGGGUGUUUUUCUGCUAAGGGGACAACUUCACCGCAUCAAAGGGACGAUGGACGGGCCAUGUACCGUCAAAUCUUGGGUGAGAACCUCCUUCCCUCAGCCAGGGCAUUGAAAAUGGGUCGUGGAUGGGUAUUCCAGCAUGACAAUGACCCAAAACACACGGCCAAGGCAACAAAGGAGUGGCUCAAGAAGAAGCACAUUAAGGUCCUGGAGUGGCCUAGCCAGUCUCCAGACCUUAAUUCCAUAGAAAAUCUGUAGAGGGAGCUGAAGGUUCGAGUUGCCAAACGUCAGCCUCGAAACCUUAAUGACUUGGAAAGAUCUGCAAAGAGGAGUGGGACAAAAUCCCUCCUGAGAUGUGUGCAAACCUGGUGGCCAACUACAAGAAACAUCUGACCUCUAAAUACAAAUCAAUUUAUAACAUUUUUGACAUGCGUUUUUCUGGAUUUUUUUGUCUCUCACUGUUCAAAUAAACCUACCAUUAAAAUUAUAGACUGAUAAUUUCUUUGUCAGUGGGUAAACGUACAAAAUCAGCAGGGGAUCAAAUACUUUUUUCCCUUACUGUACAUAUGCCAGCUACAGUGGGGAGAACAAGUAUUUGAUACACUGCCGAUUUUGCAGGUUUUCCUACUUACAAAGCAUGUAGAGGUCUGUAAUUUUUAUCAUAUGUACACUUCAACUGUGAGAGACGGAAUCUAAAACAACAAUUGAUUUUUAAGUAAUUAAUUUGCAUUUUAUUGCAUGACAUAAGUAUUUGAUCACCUACCAACCAGUAAGAAUUCCGGCUCUCACAGACCUGUUAGUUAGGCUUUAAGAAGCCCUCCUGUUCUCCACUCAUUACCUGUAUUAACUGCACCUGUUUGAACUCGUUACCUGUAUAAAAGACACCUGUCCACACACUCAAUCAAACAGACUCCAACCUCUCCACAAUGGCCAAGACCAGAGAGCUGUGUAAGGACAUCAGGGAUAAAAUUGUAGACCUGCACAAGGCUGGGAUGGGCUACAGGACAAUAGGCAAGCAGCUUGGUGAGAAGGCAACAACUGUUGGCGCAAUUAUUAGAAAAUGGAAGAAGUUCAAGAUGACGGUCAAUCACCCUCGGUCUGGGGCUCCAUGCAAGAUCUCACCUCGUGGGGCAUCAAUGAUCAUGAGGAAGGUGAGGGAUCAGCCCAGAACUACACGGCAGGACCUGGUCAAUGACCUGAAGAGAGCUGGAACCACAGUCUCAAAGAAAACCAUUAGUAACACACUACUCCGUCAUGGAUUAAAAUCCUGCAGCGCACGCAAGGUCCCCCUGCUCAAGCCAGCGCAUGUCCAGGCCCGUCUGAAGUUUGCCAAUGACCAUCUGGAUGAUCCAGAGGAGGAAUGGGAGAAGGUCAUGUGGUCUAAUGAGACAAAAAUAUCGCUUUUUGGUCUAAACUCCACUCGCCGUGUUUGGAGGAAGAAGAAGGAUGAGUACAACCCCAAGAACACCAUCCCAACCGUGAAGCAUGGAGGUGGAAACAUCAUUCUUUGGGGAUGCUUUUCUGCAAACGGGAAAAGACAACUGCACCGUAUUGAGGGGAGGAUGGAUGGGGCCAUGUAUCGCGAGAUCUUGGCCAACAACCUCCUUCCCUCAGUAAGAGCAUUGACGAUGGGUCGUGGCUGGGUCUUCCAGCAUGACAACGACCCGAAACACACAGCCAGGGCAACUAAUGAGUGGCUCCGUAAGAAGCGUCUCAAGGUCCUGGAGUGGCCUAGCCAGUCUCCAGACCUGAACCCAAUAGAAAAUCUUUGGAGGGAGCUGAAAGUCCGUAUUGCCCAGCGACAGCCCCGAAACCUGAAGGAUCUGUAGAAGGUCUGUAUGGAGGAGUGGGCCAAAAUCCCUGCUGCAGUGUGUGCAAACCUGGUCAAGACCUACAGGAAACAUAUGAUCUCUGUAAUUGCAAACAAAGGUUUCUGUACCAAAUAUUAAGUUCUGCUUUUCUGAUGUAUCAAAUACUUAUGUCAUGCAAUAAAAUGCAAAUUAUUUACUUAAAAAUCAUACAAUGUGAUUUUCUGGAUUUUUGUUUUAGAUUCCGUCUCUCACAGUUGAUGUGUACCUAUGAUAAAAAUUACAGACCUCUACAUGCUUUGUAAGUAGGAAAACCUGCAAAAUCGGCAGCGUAUCAAAUACUUGUUCUCCCCACUGUACGUGCGCUCCUACAUAAGUAAAAUUUGAAACAUGACCUGUAAAUAUAAAAUCCGACCACCUGAAAUUAUUAAUAUUUCUUCAUUAUCUCAGAUCUUGAUCACUAAAUUAUCUAAUAGAACAUUUUCAAAAUAUAUAACGUUUUAAUCAUCCGAGAGUAUCAGCGAGACUGAGGUGGUGUCUCCAGACGUUUAGAACUCUUUGAUGUUGAUGCUGUUCCUUAGAGCCUGUUGGACUCUCGCUCCUUGAAGUUCAUCGUGGGUCGGACCCUCCACGACCGCACCGCCAAGUCUCUACUGCACCUCAACAAGAAGAAGAAGACUCCCAGCAUCAGCGCUCAGUUCCAGGUCAGCUGAUCUCACCAGCAAAUACAGCAGCCAGACAGCCACUAACAUACAUUGCAAACUUCAGACAAUGCAGAUGCAGAACUUUAUUGAAGUUAGUUUCAUUGAUAUUAAAUCAUUUUUACAUUGACAGACCUCUCUGACUAAACUGUUGGAGACUUUGGGCAGAGCAGAACCCUUCUUCAUCCGCUGUAUUCGCUCCAACUCUGAGAAGGUAACGCCACAUUUAUUUAAUUAUUUACAACCAAGAUGAUGUUGAUAAAUUAUUAUGAUGAGUCCCUCUAAUGAUGUGCUGUGUGUGUGUGUGUGUGUGUGUGUGUGUGUGUGUGUGUGUGUGUGUGUGUGUGUGUGUGCGCAGAAGGAGAUGUGUCUGAACGAGACCCUGGUGCUGCAGCAGCUGCACUACACGGGCAUGCUGGAGACAGUUCGCAUCCGGAGGUCUGGCUAUGGAGCCAAGUACACCUUCCAAGUACACUGCACCUCUUUAAUGACUUAGACAGCCAGCAGCAAUGUCUGAAACAAUAUCUGUUGUUGAUAGUUGACAUUCAUUGUUUACCAAUGAAAGUAAUUGCUUUAUAUCAGGGUUGUCAAACUCCACGGAGGGCCGUGUGUCUGCAGGUUUGAGAUUUUUCCUUUCAAUUAUGCCCUAGACAACCAGGUGAGGGGAGUUCCUUACUAAUUACUGACCUUAAUUAAUCAAUCAAGUAGAAGGGAGGAGCGAAAACCCGCAGACACUCGGCCCUCCGUGGAACGAUGCUUUAUAUCUUGCUAACUUUUACAUGUUAGAAGGAAAAUGUUUAUUGAGCAAUGUCUGUGUCAAAACAAAAUCGGUGUAAUAAAUGUGUCCCUGUAGGAAUUCAUCGAGCAAUUCCGAGUGUUGCUGCCCAAAAAUGCUACAGCCUCCAAGCCAGAGGACAUCUCUGCCCUGUUCCAGAGGAUGGAGCUCGACCACACCACUUACCAGAUAGGAAAAACCAAGGUAAGACAUGCUCUCCUCCACAUUUUCCUCACAGAAAUACAUGUCAGAGAUACAUUUUAAUUAUCUUUUAAUAAAUUGUCUUGAAUUAAAUUGCGAUCCUCAGGUUUACCUGAAGGAGCUGGAGCGUCAGCAGCUGCAGGACACGCUGCACAAGGACGUGAUGCGUAAGAUCAUCUUCCUGCAGUACUGGUUCAGGGCCCACCUGGAGAGGAGGUACUUCCUGGAGAUGAGACAGGCGGCCAUCUUGAUCCAGGUAAGCUGUGUGAUAAACCGUGCUGUACAUAUGUCCGUUCAAAGAUGCGACUUUUCCUGAUAUGAAAUGCCUAGAAAACUAGUAUUUUCAGAUUUUCCAUAUCUAUUUCUUACAAAGAAAUACAUAGAAAUUGUCCAAUAUCCUUCCUUUAUGAGACAAUCAUAUUCCUGCAGACGGGAAAUAUAUAAGUUAUAUUUGGUAAUAUAUGUCAGGGUAAUAAUAUGUUCUUGCCCGUGUUUGUCCCUCCCAGCGUGCGUGGCGUAGACACCACAAGGAACGGCAGUGUCAGGCGGCCACGCUGAUCCAGGCCGUGUGGAGGGGCUCCAGACAGAGGUCAGAGUACCUCCGCAGGCAGACCAGCAUCAAGAAGAUCCAGGCUAUGGCCAGAGGACACUCAGCACGGAGGAGGUACAGCACGAGGCCACACCACUGAAAUACAUUAAUUGCUUAGUGUAGUAUUUAUAAAGUGUGAAAUGCCUUGAGUUACCGGUAAACACUGACUUUGUUGAAUUGAAUGGAAUGUAUUUGGUUUAAAGACAUAUACAACAAAAUAUACGAUGUGGACCCAGAUGAUAGCGCUUAAAAGUUUGAAUUAAAACACUUGUUUCCAAAGUGGUCCUCGAAGGUAUAAACCAAUGACACAUAUAACGAUUAAAAGAGUGACAAGAUUACAAACAACCACAUUACAUUAAUUUAUAUUGACAUCCUAAAAAGUGGCACAUUUUCCUAACCUUAAAUGCCCAGUGCAGUCCUAUGUUUUAUAUAUAUUUCCACACUGGUUAGAACAAUAAUGUGAAAUUGUGAAAAUGAUAAUAAUGCCCUUAGUGUAAGAGCUGUUUGAAAAGACCACCUGAAAUUUCAGCCUGUUUUGGUGGGAUGGAGUUUUGGUCUGCCUCACCAGGCUGUAAAUUAGUUAACAGACCAAUAAGAGAGUUUCAAACCUCUCUGCCAAUAACAGCUAGUUUUCAGUUUUCCCCUCUCUACUCACACCACUACAAGACAGUCCUAGCAAAAUUCUUGUUGAGAAAUUGCUCUUUGCUAAGCUAUUUUUGUUUCUCUUUGACCAUUUGAAUUGAAAACAAUCACACUAAGGUACUUGAGAGAAAAGCGACUGCUUUGGCCCUUUAAAAAACAACCUAUUCAUUGCACAUCAUCCCCAACCUCGGAAACAAGCUAUGCCUUGUAUAGAACAUGCCUGGAUAGAAUAACAUGCUCCUCGCAGUACUGUUUACUCUUGGGACUUUACAAGAAAUAACACAAGCUCUGGUAUUGUAACUGUGCUGGUUAUAGACUAUAUUAAUGUGCUAUUUCAUAUAACCUGGGGCACGAUCAUUAUUGAUGUCAAACAUAUGAUUGAGUUUAAGUUGUUCCACUCUGGACUCCAAAGGCAAGUUAUUAUUGACACCAUCUCUUGAAUUCUGGUACUGGUGUGGUCCCCACAGUUAUUAGUUACAAAUGUUUUGAAAUGCCCAGAGAUGCCUAACAUUGUCGUAUGAAUGUUGAACCACUUCUGAAUCAUGUUGAACUUAACAGGUGCCAUUCAAUACGGGAGGAGAGGAGGAAAAAGGAGGAGAAAGACGAGGAGGCCAGGAAGGAGGAAGCCAGGAAGAGGGCGGAGGAAGAGGCAGCCAGGCUAGCGAGAGAGGCAGAAGAGGAGGCAGCCCGACUGGACAUGGAGGCAGAGGAAGAGGCAUUUAGGAGAAAGAAAGAGGCAGCGCUGGAGGCAGCGGUGUGGAGGGCGAGGGAGGAGGCAAGGCUGAGGCAGGCAGAAAGAGUCAACGAGGAACCUGAGACACAGGAGGAACCAGAGGCACAGGUGGCAGCUGAAAGUACUCUAGAUGAGAGCCAACAGGAGGAUAAAGUGCCUGUCCAGGACAAGGAGAAGCAGAAGGAGGAGGCGGAAGAUGUAGAGGCUGCAUCUACCUCACCACCUGAGGAGGUGGAAAUGGGGGAUGCCUCAGCAGUCUCCCAGCCUGAUGAGGGCAACGGUACACAGGCUGAGGCUGGGCCCCAGCUGGAGGAAGAGAGCCAGGCUGUGGAGGAACCGGAGGAAGCCCACUCCAAGGAGCCUGAUGAGGAGGGGGGGACCAAGGAGGCAGCUGCCCCCCAGUCACCAGAAAAAGACAAGGGGGCUCAGGCUGCUGCGGAGACACACAGGUCACAGGUCUCCAGGAGCCAGGAGAAGAGAGAGCAGCGGCGCCAGUGGGGCCUGGAGCACAGCCAGCGGGAGAGCGAGCGGGUCGCCUUGGCAGCCACCAAGGAGGAGCCCGUCCCUAAGAUCAAAGGACAGGAGGCAGCCAGCCGAGCCGAGGGCAAGCCAAAAGAGCGGGCCGAGAGGACGGACAGCAAGGAGCUGGACCAGUACACCUUUGUAGCCUGGAAGAAAGAGGCCAAAGCCACCUCCCCCACCCCUGCACCUGUACGCCCCAGCACCUUAACCCUGAACCCCCCCGAACCAAUGAAUGACAGGAACGGCCAUAAUGAGGUCCUGGGUCCAGGCAAUCUGAUUCGCUACAGCCAACAGGGCACCAUGAAGGAGAAGGCAGAGAAAUGGAAGGGGAAGAAGAGUGAUGGACAACAACCAGAGAGCACCAGUCCUCCUGAGGACCACAGCAAGGACAGGAGGAAAAAACAUUCACCGUACGACAUUCCAUAUCCUUGUGAUAUCUACACUAAUAUUAAUGAGUUAGACUUGCUUCAGGAUAUCAUUGUCUCUGCAACAUGA